UUGUGCACGCCGUGUGGCAUGAUAGAAUAAUCUUGAACAAUAAAACGGCGUUAAUUGCGUCGUGUUCAAGAUAACAAUUAAAUAAUUACUUACGACAGUUCAAAAAAACAACAGACGGGGCACUACACAAAAUACAACAUACAGAUGUUGCAGGUAAAACCCAGCGGUAAAAAAUAUGACUGAAAAGUUUGUAAAUAUUAUUUUGUUAAAUAAAGUGUCUUUUUAUGUUUUUAAUUUUUAACUAUUCGAUUCAUUUAAUUGGAAUAUCCCGACCACAUCGUAUUUGUCAUCAAAUUUGAAGCCUUAUGUCUCAGAAUUUAGACUGAUGUAUAGACUCCUGUUAAUGUUACCGAACACUUCAAUUUGCGUUGAUUCAAGGCCACAACGGUGAGGGGGGGGGCACCUCAUUUUGGACGCAUCAAACUUUAAUUUUUUUAAUAAAGCAUGCAUUUUGGAUUGGUUACAUGUGUGGUCGAUUUACGUGUGAUCUGUUAUCCUUUUAUGAAAUUCAGUUUGACUGAGCAGAGUGUAAAUGUGUAAAUUUUCAAUUUGAUGUCACCCCUAAGAUGGUGUCACCCGGAGCGGUCCGCACCCCUGCACACCAUGGCAUCUGACUGCAGGGGUGACGUGUAGUUAUUUUGGAAAUGUUAAAUACUCAAACAAACGCUAGAUGAUUUGAUUGCGUCAUUCAGCCGCUGUACUUUUGGGUUUAAGCUACUAUAGAAUUACAUUUGACAUUUAAGUUCAUCAAAAUUACCUUGUCAUUUCAUUUCAAAGCAAAUACAAAAAAAACAAAAAAAACAUCAAAAAAAGUAUAAGGUCUGUGAAGGACAUGCAGUUAUUCUGGGGCUUAUAUCGGGUACAGAAAAUGGCUCAUGGGUGACAUAUAGCUUCUCUUGAGAUAUAGAUAAGUACUCAAGAUUUGUUUGAUGAUUUGAUUGCACAACUCAUCAGUGGUACUUACUGGCACUUUUGGGCACUAACGGGUUUUAAGACACAUUAGAAUUACACGUGACAUUUAAUUUCAUCAAAAUGUACGCUUUAUUUCGUUUACAAUACAAUUAUCGUAGAUAUACUUACAACAACGCCAACACCAACACAACAACAACAAAUCCAACAAGCAAACAAACACGACGAUAAUCUGAGGUCCUUGCUGAAGGCAGAGCCGGGCCGUAGGGUUGCCAGAAAUUUGGCGGCUAUACAUUUUUAAUAAUUGAUUGAAAAGUCCCGUUAAGAAGGCGAACAAAAAUAUCACUAAUGAAUACUCAAGCGGCACGGGCAACUCUUGCUGUAAUAUAAAUAACAUUUUGGGCACUGUUUGCUGAAAUACAAAGAACAUAUUGGGCACCACUUGCUGUAAUAUAAAGCAUAUUUUGAAUAAUCUUUUAUAAAGUCUGCACAUUGAGUGAUUGUUGAAAUAACGGAUACAUUUAAAUUUUUUUUUUCAUUUGAGUGGUGUACCGAUCGUUUACCCGUACCUUGUGUUCAUUUGAGUGGUGUACCGAUCGUUUACCCGUACCUUGUGUUCAUUUGAGUGGUGUACCGAUCGUUUACCCGUACCUUGUGUUCAUUUGAGUGGUGUACCGAUCGUUUACCCGUACCUUGUGUUCAUUUGAGUGGUGUACCGAUCGUUUACCCGUACCUUGUGUUCAUUUGAGUGGUGUACCGAUCGUUUACCCGUACCUUGUGUUCAUUUGAGUGGUGUACCGAUCGUUUACCCGUACCUUGUGUUCAUUUGAGUGGUGUACCGAUCGUUUACCCGUACCUUGUGUUCAUUUGAGUGGUGUACCGAUCGUUUACCCGUACCUUGUGUUACUUUACUUCAUGUUUAGAAGUACAGAUGCAUAUAUACGUUGUAUUUACUCAUAUAUUUCUGUUUUAAAUUUCAACAAUAGCUUUAAAAUAUUUAUAUAUUUAUAAAUAGAUAUAUUUCUAAGUAAUUUAAUGGUAUAAUCUUUACGUCUAAUACAUAGGUGUUAUAUUAUAAACUUUGAUACCUUAGGAAAUAUUCGUUAUGGUUAAUUUCAAGACUUUGUUUUGUCUGACAGAUUAAAGACUAAGACAAAGAACUUUCGUGUCCGAUGAUGGUCACUAUGGGGGUUAAAAUGUUUUGGACACUGGCUCUUUUAGUGUUUAGCUGCAUAUCACAAUCUCAAGGUAUCACGUGAUCGAGUUAUUAGUUAUUUACAAAACAGCAUGUUGUCAUUAAAUGAGGAAGUCAGACUUUUUUAUUAUUUAAGACAUGAUGUCAUCAAAUAAGGUGUUCAUAAUAUUUAAUUUAAGAAGUGGCGUGCCUUCAAAAACCAACUCAUCGUUUUAGCAUCAAGAAAUUUUACGACAAUAUCACUCAAUGGAUAUCACACCAAUAAAAAAAAUAAAAUAAUUUUGAUUGAAUAUUUGAGUGUUUCCUUUCUAAUUAGCUUUAAUUAUGUUACUUUGAAAUAUAUUUUAAAGGCAAACAACGUAACAUUACUGUAUUGAAUGUUAAUGAGGUAAAACUGUAUGGGGAAACACAAAGGACGCAAUAAAUAAACGAACGUGUCGGCAAGAAGCCUUCAUGUGAGAAAAAACAAUCAUGCAAACAUAAAUUUAAAAAAAACUAAAAUUUAAUGUAGUAUCCGAGAGGACAACAAGAGACGGAAAGAAGAUAGUUGGUGAGAGAUUAAAUGCAUGCAACAAGGGAAAAAAGAGAGGAAAAUAAGUCCCCUUGGGAUUGGUCGUAUCAAGGAGGGGCGGAGAAAAGGUUUUACAUGUGAAUGAGAACAUGACAUUCAAGCCAUGUGAUGUGAACGGCCUGUACGUCUGAUUGAGUUUGGUCUCCAAGUUCUCUCGGUGUGGCGUGUUGGUACAAGACACAAUCGCGGUGACAGCAACAUCCCGUAAGCUAUUGUUGUCGCUUAUGUUGAAGUGUUAAAAAUGGGAAACUGCUUUUCUUGCGCAAUAUUUUUUAGGUGUUCAGUACAUCUGCCCGAGAGGCACCGUCCAGUGUCACUUAAAUACACAACCCAGAAGUGACUAAAAAAAUGUCGCUGACAACAUUGCAGUUAGUACAAAGGAAACUGCCCUUAGGGAAGUGAAUGUGUUGAUUCUGGAAGACAAAAGUGCAAGUGUUGCAAUUGCUGAGUCCACGUGACUUCCUUCCAAAGUGGGAGGGGCCAGCCCCUAGUUCUUGCAAAUUAUUAUCCCUUCUGAAAACAAGGAGAGGUAGUGAAGAGAAAAGGUUGUGUGUGUACCGUUUCAUUUACAUUGGGCAUUAGGAGCAUUUUUGUUGUUGUAUUUUUAUUUCAUUAAAAAUAAUUAUGAUAAAAAAAUAACAGGUGAAUUCGCCAAAGAAAAGAUAACAUACCUUAGCCUCAGAGGUGGACAGCGAUCCGGGUCAACAUACUCAGGUCGUGUUGUCAUUCAGAUCAACAACGAGGGCGUUGACGGUGCCAUCUGUGGGACAUGGACCAGAGAAGAUGCCAUUGUAGCAUGCAGGAUGUUGGGCUACAAGUCAGUAGACAUAUUAUUAUACUUUUUAGUUGUUUUUUAAAUAGUUAAGUAUGAGACAAUGAUUGUCAGUUCCAGCUGAAUGACUUCAGUAGACAUUUAUUUCAAUGAUUGUUACAUCAAAAUGGAUUGAACUGACUGAGCUGCAUUUCAUUCUUGUAUCGAAUUACAAUCAUGUCAAGAAAUAAAUAUUUUUAUCGAGCGUUUCUGAUGUGAUGUAACGAUGUCAAAUGUUCUUUAACCUAAGGUCUGCUUUUCAUAACUAGAUACAUAUUUACAGAAAUUUGAAGUGGUUCGUUGAAAGAUUAUGUAAUGUUACAUAAAAUCCAUAUCUCGCAUAUCUCCCAUCAUCAUUAGUUAAAACUAGCUCACGUUACACUUGAGUAAUUUGUUUAGUCAAUUCUAUAAAUGACUUUUACACUUUUCAUGAUAUGCUAUGUACUCUUAUAUGUACUUUACAUUCUAUGUUUUUAUACGCUAUGUACUUUUAUAUUCUUUGUUUUUAUAUGUCAUGUACUUUUAUACGCUCUUUACUUUUAUAUCUAUGAACUUUUGUUAGCUUUACAUGAGCCUGAGCCAUGUUCUCUCAUCGAAAACCAUUAAAAAAACUGUACCUUCAUUCAGUCAAUCAUUCAAUCAUUCAACAAUUCAACAAUAAUGUCUCAAGGAAAUAAAACUUUAUUAACAUUCGUGACUGAAAAAAAAUGUUAUGCCAUUGAAACAUUAAAACUUUUUAUUUCAACUAUUAAUGAAUACUCUACUAUUUUAAUUGCUACUCAAUUCCCGAAUACUUUAAUUAUAAUUUAACACCUGAAUGUUCUUAUUAUUACUACGUAAUACCCGAAUAUUCUAAUUAUUACUUAGUAUUCGAAUCUUCUAAUUAAUUCCUAUUUCAUUUAGUGAUGGCAACAACAUACCAUGGAACCCUCUGUUCAUGAAUGGCAAUCAUAAUUUUCUGAUCAGUAAUCUGAGAUGUUCUGGUCAGGAGACAUCGCUCUCAGAUUGUCUUAGGGAUCCCGUUGUUGACUGCACAUACAAUGUUAGUUUAUUUAUAGGAUUUCGAUGGAUUGUACUAGAAUAACUUUGUUACCAAACACAUCUGGUAAGAGGAAUCUCACUAGAUUAGCUUUGCUACUAAAAAAAACCUAUUUCGUGGGUUCUCACUAGAGUAGCUUUGGUACCAAAUCUUCCACAGAAAUUAAAUUUACAACGAGUAAUCAUUAUGUUUGUUGAAACUGAGGUUUUGGGUUAAAGAAUAUACGACUAUUGAUUUUUAAUUUACUUUGCAUUAUUGCACCCACAUCUUGUAGUAGUAAUGGUUUAUUUUGAAAUAAAUAUGAAAUAUCAUUUUUUUUAAACGGACGUUUCAUAGUUCAAGUAAUGCUUUACCGGCCCAGUAUCAGAUAACAGGCUUUGAGAGAGUAACACCUUUAAAGGGGAAUGUCAAAAAGCAUUUUAGUGACGCGACCUUACUUUAAAAACAAAAUUAAAGUAAAAGAUUGAUUUUUCUGUUUGAAGAAAACCCGAGAUAAGUUUUAUAAAAAUCUGAGUUUUUUUUUUUUAAAUCUCCAAACUUUCAGACUCACGACGUUAUUGCGUCCUGCACUAAUCCAUCAUCCAACCCGGUCGAAACAUACAUCAAUGGAUUUGCUGUCCAGGCUAACAGAGUGACUAUAGCUCCAGUGUCAUUGUCCAGUCGCACUGAUUAUGCUGAUUACACACAAUGCCAGCCACGUAUGUUUUUCUUCUUCACUUUUUACACUUCUAAAAGACACUUGACAAGGGGUGGGCCUAACCAAAAUUGACCAAAUAUCGGGGAGAGCCAGGUGAUUUUUUCCCCAUGCAUUUAGAUGGGUCAAUCUUAAACAAUGUUUGAACAUUUAAGUACAACGCUGUCAUUAAGUACAACGCUGUCAAGGAAAAAUCAACUGGGGCCCCCAGUCCGGGAAAAAUGGAUAUUAUGAGUUCAGUACUCUUCGGAAUUUGAAUAUGGACGAUCAUGUGUAUGUGUAAUACGUUUGGUCAAGAUAUAUCCAUUUAUGGAGAAGUAUGAAGCCUAUUGAUAUUUUUAUCGCUUAAAUAAGGAAAAAUGAAAUGGGGCCCCCGGCCCCAGAAGAAUGGAUAUUAUGAAUUAAGUACCCUUCGGUAUUUGGAUAUGGAUAAUAAAGUAUAUGUUUACUAACUAUGGUCAAGAUCAAUCUACUCAUACAGGAGUAUUUGUUUCUAAUUAUUUUCAUAUAGCUCAUAUAAGGAAAAAAACUAAUUUGGGGCCACCGGCCCCAAACGGAAUGUUAUAAAAAAUUCAUAACCCUUCAAGAGUUCCUUCAGGAUCAUGAUGGAUAUAUGUGCCAAGUUUGGUCAAGAUCCAUCAAUCCAUGUAAAAACGUAUGUGGAACAAAUCCAGCCAGCCAGCCACAAACAAACUUUUAUCUGUCUAUCUAUCUACCUAUCUAUGAGUUGAUUAACUGACCAUAAUUGUGGUAUGUCUAGUCUUACGUUUUAGAGUACUGUUAGGUUUCUUAAACAUGAAUGUAGGCUUUAUUUAAACCAAGAGAGAGACUCGAUAUAGUUAUAGUUGGGAGUUUCUAUCUAGCUUAAAAAAAGUAUGCGUGAUUCAUUAGCUUAAAGCCUGAUUGGGGUAAACAUGUUUUAGAUCUACAGCUUUUAGACAUUCUAGAGGUAAAAUUCUAUAAAUAGCUUACAAUAUAAAGAUAUGUUAUUUCUCUCUUUUAUUUUUAAAAAUAGCAAAUCCAAACAUAAGACUCCACGGUAUUAGAGACAGACCAGGUAUGGGCUAUGUCCAGGUACAUGUCAAUGGUGUCUGGCAGUACAUUUGUGAUGACAAGUGGAGCGAGAACGAUGCUAAAGUAGUCUGCAGGGAGCUUUGCUACAAGUAAUUAGAGCAUAAUUUUAUUAUUUGUAAGAUACAAGAUACAUAUCCUAUUAAUAAUUCUAUUUAAAAGCUAAUACCAAAAGUGGGCUUAAUGUAACAUAGCAAGUUAGGAGACUCGUUUUAGUAUUUCUAAAAGUUAUAAUUGGGUUGAGAAAGCUAUGCAUAUCUAAUUUAAAAUGACUGAAUAUUGGGAUAUUAUUAUUCUUAUUUAAGUAAGAUUAGCUAUCAGAGGCGCCGUCUUCGGCAAUUAUAAUAAUAUAAUCAAACAGCUUAUUUCUUCAUUUAGCAUAAUUUAAUAGUAAUGUUUUAUGAUUUGUAUACAGUUUGGCAAAUUUACUUUUCAUUCGCCACAACUUUGGCUGUUUUUGUAAAACGUUGCACCUCUUAAUAUAGGAAUGAUUGUGUUACGCACUUCCUUCUGUUUUGAGAAACAAAUAUCUAAUUUUAAUUGGCUUGUUCAAAACAGUGCCUAACAAAGGACGAUACCACAGAGAAAUACAAUAGCAAAACACGACACUCAAAACGGUACCAAUCACAAUUAAUAAGAUUUACGUAUUGAUAUAAUUACAAAACAAAAGAAAUAUAAUUACAAUCAUCAACUUACAGAGUAGGGUAGAUCUUGUACCGGUACACACUUAGUACAAUGUGCCAAUUAAUAAUGUAUAAUGAUGAAUGCGAAUAAACACAUAUGAGUACACACAGAUAAUACACUUGUCUCGUAAAGUUAAAAAUAUCUCUUUAUCAAUCUCCGAAUCUCCUUUUAUAUCUAUGCGCCGGUAGAACCAACGCGUCUAGAAAUAUCUUCUCCAUUGUUUAUCUUUCUAGUCAAUUAUCGAAAUUUACCCAAAAUUAUAUUAGAAUAUAUUAGUUAUUUUUAGUGGUGUCGGCAGUAAACAAGCUAAGAUGAAAGAAAAUAGGCCACGCCCAAUAUGAACGCAGUGUCUGCUAUUUACAGUCAUUUUUUUUUUGGCCCGAGCUAUUCCUCUUUAACGACCAGACAAGUAUGUACAUGCCUGCCUCAUCUGCUAGGCUGUCUCGUAAAUCAGUCUCUCAGCAGGGUUGGCUGGGAGCACCCCGGCCACACCAGUCGUUAACGCUGAGCACUCGGCUAGUAUGGGGUCCCGCAGUGUGUGCAAACUGAUUAGGUAGCUAUGGGUAGGGCAGUGCUCUGUCCUCAUCUGCGUGAUGAGGCUCUGCUGGUGGCGUUUAAGACACCACCACUGAUCACACUUGAGGUUAGUAUUGGGUAUGUUCCGGUAAAGAAUUCGGGCUGUAGAUCCCUUUUCCCAUCUUUAGUCCAUUCCUCAUGGAAGAGGUCCUUAAACCAGGAAUUGUCCUGGGAUCCAAUGAAGGGUCACUUUGCCUCCAUGAGACUGUUUUAGAAUUAUAAUGCAUGCCCAGAUGAACGCAAUAUAAUUGUUGGCAUUUUGUAACACUUUCCAUAUUUAUCUAUCAUUAAAAAUUUAACCAAACUUUUUACUCGCUUCUCUACUAUGUCAUUGGAAAAUAGCAAAACAGAGUAUUCUAUUAAAUAAAGAAGAAUCUUUUAACCCAUUUUCCCUUCUGUAAAGGCCUUGGGUGUUUUUCAUAUUUGUUAAAGACAAUCUCAACCAAUCUUUGUUCACGGCCAUCAACCGCGGAUUGAAAAGAUAUGGCUCUAUUUUUAAGAUUAACUUUUCACGAGUGUCAUAAAAAUCUAAAAAUUGUUGUGGUGUAUUUACAAUUUAAAGAGCAAUCAGUAUAACUAUUAAAUUUAUUUUUAAAAAGAGAAAAAAAAUUAUUAUCAGAUUUGUCACACGCAGUUUUUUAACUCAAAGAACUUAAUAGCUUGUAAUUUGCGUGUUUACUAAGUUUUCUUUCUUUGAGUUUAAUCAAACAUUUUAAUAUGAUAUGGUUUGAAGAAAUUUGGAUAACAUAAAUUCAAAUUUAUUUUGGCAAUAUUAACUACGCACUAAAAAAAAGUACCAGAUCUUUAGGUUUUCCCCGAUAAAUGUAGUUUUGAAAGAAUAAUAUUAAUACGUGGACGAUAAGCUAUUGAAUAUCUUAAAACGUUCAAUUUAAGAUAAAAUACUUAAAAGAGUUCUCGAAUUGUCUUAUCACAAUUAUAAAUAAGUCAUUUACCGGAAGGUCGACCCUACUUAAGCAACCACACAUUUUUGCAGGUCCCUAAACAUAAUUAAAAUUCUAAAGUCCCAGAUCUCUUUUACCAUAGGCCUACAUUGGAUCCCUGGACAAGUCCUGGAUUAAGGCAUCUUUCCGUCUGCGGGAGACGAUAGAUUAUCUUUUUCUGCUUGCAGCUCUUGGUGUGGCUGGUGAGACCAAUCCUCGAAUGGCGGUCUCUGUUACAUUGCCCACACACGAAUGUGGUGGAACAGUAUUUAACGGCCUUCCUCCUCACUGUUUUUGCAGCUGUUUCCGCCCUGUUUUGAUCCUCGGCAUGUAGUGAUCCUGCCUUCACGAUGCCCCGCCAUGAGGAUCGAUCCUCUGCCAGCUCCUCCCAGUUUGAGAUGUCGAUGUUGGCCGACUUCAUGUCUCUUUUGCAUAUGUCUAAGUAUCUCAGACGAGGCCGUCCAACUGACCUUUUCCCUGUCGCCAGCUUGCUUUAUAGCACGUCCUUUGGUAUGCAACCAGGUUGCAUUCGCUUCACGUGUCCAAGCCAGUGGAGGCGUCUUUAGAUUAACAUGGCUGGGUAGCUACACAUGUUUGUUUGGGACAGGACAUCCGUGUUGGGGACUUUGUCUUGCCAUUUAAUUCAAGGAUGUGGUGCAGGCAUCUCAGGUGGAAGCCAUUGAGCCUUCUUUCGUGGUUAGAGUAUGUGGUCCACGACUCGCAUCCAUACAGGAGUGUGCUCAGUACGCAGGCCUGGUACACCUGCAGCUUAGUUCUUGUUGUGAAACAUAGUAGCCAGAAUGAUCAAUUCAUUGAUCGUGGGCCCUUAAAAUAAAGAAGAAAGAAGAAGAAGAAGUGAGUUUGGCGUUUGACCAGACUCUUUUCUUCAGUCUGGCCAUAACAGUUGCGGCCUUCCCUAUCCUUCCACUUAUCUCAUCCUCCAUUGAGAGGGUGCUCGAUAUGUUGGAUCCCAGAUAUGUGAAUCUGUCAACAGUACCCACGUCGUAGUCGUCGAUGGCAAUAGCGGGGAGGGAGUCAGCGCCCUGUGCCAUAACGUUAGCUUUCUUUAGGCUAAUUGCCAGGCCAAACUCUUUGCAGGCAGCGGAUAGGCUGGAUACGAGGCUCUGUAGGCCGUCAGCUGUGUGAGACACCAAAGCGACAUUGUCCGCAAACAAGAACUCUCGCAGCAAGACCUUUCUUGUUUUAGUCUUAGCUCUAAGGCAGGCAAUGUUGAAUACUUUGCCGUCAGCUCUAGUGCGGAUGUAUAUCUCCUCGCUGUUGUUCUGAAAGGUAUACUGGAGUAGGAUGUAGAAAAAGAUUGAAAAUAAAGUAGGAGCCAGCACGAAAUCUUGCUUUACUCCACUACCCACUGGAAAAGCUUCUGAGGCGGCACUGUUAUAGCACACUGUGCCCUGCAUGUUUUCGUGGAACUGAUUGAUGAUGUUAAGCAGUCUUGUAGGACAGCCUAUCUUUUUGAGGAUCUGAAACAGGCCGCUUCUGCUGACAAGAUCAAAAGCCUUAGUGAGGUCGACAAACGCAGUGUAUAAAGGCAUAUGUUGCUCCCUGCCCUUCUCGUGCAGCUGGCGCAGAGAGAAGAUCAUGUCUAUGUUUGUUCUACCGGCGCGAAAACCACAUUGCGAUUCUGGGAGUACACGCAAUGCUAGGGUCUGUAGGCGGGUUAAUGCAACUCGGGCGAGAGCCUUUCCAACUAUGCUGAGGAGGGAGAUUCCAAGAUAGUUGCCUUGGACGAUAUCACAGACUUACCAGUCAUGGAGGAGCUUGAUACCCUACCCAUGAUAGAAAAAGCUAUGUGCCGCCUCAGAAGCUAUCUUACACAUAACACUCAAAACAAUGGUCCCAUGUAAUGACCAAAGCUAUCUUACACAUAACACUCAACACAAUGGUCCCAUGUAAUGACCAAAGCUAUCUUACACAUAACACCUAACACAAUGGUCUCAUGUAAUUACCAAAGCUAUCUUACACAUAACACUCAACACAAAGGUCCCAUGUAAUGACCAAAGCUAUCUUACGCACAGGCAAGACGUUCAUUUAUGUGCACGAAUAAAAACUUACAUUAAACUUUCAUGAACCAUUUAGCCGCAGCACAAAAUGAUUUUUAAAGCUGAAAUGUAAAACUCAUGUAAGGAGCUACAAAUACAAACAUUGAUCUCUGGGUUCAGUCAUUUCCCAUGGCCCGAAAUGCGUUUCUCUCUCCCUUCACAAUCUCACAAACACGUCUUUUAAGAAACAUUUCAUUUUCAAAGCUUUCAUAAUUAUCAAAAUCUUACCACUUACAAACACAAAUCCAUUUACUAUACUAAGGAUUAUAUUUUGUUGCAAAUAAUUGUAUAAAUGGCUUGGGUAAAUAAUUAAAAUUGGACCUUAAAUAGUUGGUUUGUAAUACUUCAAUUAAUCUAUACAAGCAACAUUUUUUUAAUUCCAUAGUGAACCAAACGGUGCUCGUCCUGGAAUAGAAAAUGAGUACAGUCCCAUGCUUGUUGAAACGCCCACAUUUGCAUGGAACAGGGUCCAGUGCGCAGGAGAUGAGAACACCUUAAAUAAUUGCCCACGGAACAACACCACACCACAAGGACAAUGUGGUCGACAUGAGCUGGCUGGGGUACAAUGUGUUGUGCCACCUGAGACUUCUACUGGUAACUUAAGACCUAAUUUUUAUUACAGCUUUUAGUGAGUGUCUGUGUAGUGGCGUAAGACAGAGGUGGUGGUCCGUAAGACAGGGGCUGUGGUCCGUAAGACAGGGGCUGUGGUCCGUAAGACAGGGGCUGUGGUCCGUAAGACAGGGGCUGUGGUCUGUAAGACAGGGGCUGUGGUCUGUAAGACAGGGGAUGUGGUCCGUAAGACAGGGGCUGUGGUCCGUAAGACAGGGGCUGUGGUCCGUAAGACAGGGGAGGUGGUCCACCCCAGGUGGAAUUUUUUUUAAGAAUGCUAAGUGGAAAAAAACAACAUUUCCUUAAAUUUGUUGAACUUGAAAACGGCUUAGCCAGGCAAUAGUGACAUGGACGUCUCAAAUAAAAUAGGUGGUUUUGUUAUCCGAUUCUGACCUCACCGCACUUUAACGCGAUACAGCUAAACUCAGUUUGUGUGUUGCUUUUUAUUGACACAGCUAUGGAAGCUCAGAUAGAAUGUUCUAGCUUAAACGGAGACAUCGUCCUCCACUUCACUCACGAUAACUUCCCUAACCUAAACGACAACAGUAUCAGCGUCGCCAACACCCCCGCAGGCUGCACCACACGAGCUCAGAGAGUGCAGUCCACUGGGCCGGACAAUGGGAAUUACAACCUGAGAAUCCCUGCACAAGGUUGUGGUACAGCCAAGACUGUGAGUGUUUGGUUUUACUUGGUGAUCUUUCGUUUAGGCAUUUCUUACACUGAAAGAAUGAACAACAAGAACAAAGGCAAAACCGUUUGAGCUGACUGUGUUAUUAAAUUGUAUAGCUCACUUUGUGGUAAAACUUAUGCUCAUUUCACACGAUUAUAUUUUCAUCAAAUUUGUUUCAAAUUUCUGUUAGAACGCACUCUUUUGUGUUACAACAUAGAGCGUUCAAAAAGAAAUUUGAGGCAAAUUUGACGAUAAUGUAUCGACAAUUUGAUCGUGUGAACUUGGCAGUAUGAUCGAUUCACAUAUUUUAUUAUUAAAUGAUAUCAUUUUACAAUGCUGUACACUCUAAACUGCUUUGACAAAUGGGCGCUUAAUAUGUUUGAUUAAAAAGAAACUUGAAAAAUAAAGGAAUCUAAUUUGAAUGUUAACCAAUGUGCUAUCUACAGGACAAUGGUACACACAUCUGCUACAGUAACACAGUGGAGUAUGACAAUGAAGUUUAUACAGGCAACGUUCUGAUAGACUACCAGAAGAAAACGUAAGUCUUGUAUUGGCUUACAUAGGCCUUUAAUGAAACAUCUUUUACUUAUGAUCUAACACUGAACUUUGCAUUAAAUAUUUUUGUAUAUCUGGUGUGGGCAGCCUAGAAAGGUAACCGCUAAUGGGGGAAAAGGUGAGGGGGGGGGAGGGUUGGGUUUAAAAGGUUUAAAAAAUAAUAUUAAAAAAAAAAGAAACACAGUUCUAUUUUCCAAAACACGGCACUUUGCAGUAGCCAGGUAACUAACCAGAUAGGUAACCAGCUAAGUAACCAGCUAAGUAACCAGCUCAGUAUCCAGAUAAGUAACAGGCUUAGUAACCAGCUUUGGAACCAGUUAAGUAAAAAGCCAAGUAACUAGCUAAGUAACCAGGUAGAUAACCAGGUAGGUAACUAGCUAAGUAAUUAGCUAAGUAACUAGCUAAGUAACCAGCUUAGUAAUCAGCUAAGUUACAAGCUAGGUAACUAGCCAGUUAAACAGCUAAGUAACCAGCUAAGAAACCAGCUAAGCAACCACCUAAGUAACCAGCUAGAUAACCUGCUAGGUAAACAGCUAAGUAACCAUUUGGUUAACCAGCUAAAUAACCAGGUAAUUAAACAGCAAAGUAAGCAGCAAAUUAAUCAGCUAAGUAAACAGCUAAAUAACCAGCUAAAUAACCAGCUAAGUAACAAGCUAAGGAACCAGCUAAGUAACUAGCUAAUUAACCAGCUAAAUAACCAGCUAAGUAACUAGCUAAUUAACCAGCUAAAUAACCAGCUAAGUAACAAGCUAAGGAACCAGCUAAGUAACUAGCUAAUUAACCAGCUAAAUAAUCAGCUAAGUAACUAGCUAAUUAACCAGCUAAAUAACCAGCUAAGUAACUAGCUAAUUAACCAGCUAAAUAACCAGCUAAGUAACAAGCUAAGGAACCAGCUAAGUAACUAGCUAAUUAACCAGCUAAAUAACCAGCUAAGUAACUAGCUAAUUAACCAGCUAAAUAACCAGCUAAGUAACAAGCUAAGGAACCAGCUAAGUAACCAGCUAAGUAAAAGCCGUUGUACUAAAUAAGAAACGAAACAAUAAAAGUAACCAGAAAAAUAUUUAAAAAAUUUAAUUCAAAUAUCAGUUACACCAAAACUCUAAAGAAUAAUAGACAAUUAUUGCAAUCAAGUAUUAUUAUAAUCUACUUUUUUGUAAUCGAAUAUUAUAUUGAUUUUUUGCAGUGGAACUAAAGGAACUUCUUUUACAAUGACAUUUUUAUUAUCCUGGGUCUCCAUUAAUGAGGUUGUCUUCAUGAUUUUUGUUCUUUUUUUCCCCGAUACAACAUAUAACAAUAACAAUAAAAGAAUUACAAUUUUUUUUUCACUGCAAAAAAUCCAUAAGAUCAAUAUGGGUGUUUUCAACAUUUUCAUUUAUACACAAAUGCCACGUCACUACCUUAAGUCCUGUUAAUGACAGUUUCAUACAUUAUUCUGUGUGCAAAAUUCAUAACGACCGAAUUGUCAAACUAUAAAAUAACCAAACUUUUAUUCUUCCCAUCUAAGCUUCUCAGUAAGCUGCUGUAUGGCAACUGACAAGGACGUCAGCAUUCAUUUCAUCCCCCGGUCCCAGGAGAACGCCCGAAAUAUCGGUCAAAACUUUGACUACACGGUAAACUUUCAAAAGACGUCUUCAUUAAAACAAGUUUGAAUUUCCUAAAAGAUUGUUCAAUUAGAUAACUAUAUGUUGUAAUGUGUUUAUUCGAUUAAAUUUUAAAAAUUACUUAUUUCUUUGGUUAACAUUCAUACAUCUUAUAAGUUGAUUCUUUACGACAGACUUCUUGAAAGUAAACGAUGUAAGCUGUACAUUCAUUAAUAUUAAUUUAACACUUAAGAUUUAAAAUAUGUCUGUAAUGGUAGCUAAUUUCUAUAAUAGAUAAGUCAUACUGUUAGAUUUGGUGUCUCCUUAAUUGUUUUGUCCAAGAUAGAGGGCCGGCCUCAAUAUUUUGUGACAGACAUCUUAAGGUAGUACUACAACUUUGCAGACAUCCUAACGUAAGAUAAGAUAAGAUGCUUUUAUUGAUCCAAACAAAAAGAAAUGUUUUAUGAUUGCAUUAUAGAUUUUAAGGACAUUAAUAAAACAAUUUGAACACAAGAAAUUUAUAAUAAAUAAUUUCACAGCCAUUCUGUGAGUUAUUAUUUUUCAUUAAGAUGUGUGACUUCAGGAGGAGCACGCCGGAAAUUCGUAUAGAUUGGGGAACAAAAUAAUUUUUAUAUCUAUCAGUCCUAGCCCUGAUGGAAAGAAUUCGUCCCGAACGGCCUGAUCCUAAGUAUUUGUGAUGAAGAGGGUGGGAUGUAUCAUCCAAAAUGUAUUUAGUUUUACAAUAAAAUCUUUCUUAUAAUAUUUCUUUAAGUGAAGGAUAUUUAGUUGUGUUAUGUUCCUAGCUUUCUUGAUUAGUCGGUUUAUUCAGUGUUUAAUAUCAGACGUUGAAUUCCCACACCAGCAGGUAAUACUGAAAUUAAGUAGGCUUCCAAUAGUUGCACUGUAGUAUAAGUUAAAGACUUGUUUGUACACGCCGAAAUUUUUUUCUGUUUUUUUUUAGGUACAGUCUUUCGCGGAAUUUCCUAGACAGCUUUUUGCCGUGCUCAUGCCAUGUUAGCUUAUUAUGAAUGGUGACACCUAAGUACUUAUAUGCCUCUUCUUUCUCUACACUUUGAUUUGUUAUGUUGAGAUCUGUAAUCUGGUGUGUCCCCCUCCUGAAAUAAAUUACCAUUUCCUUUGUUUUUUUUUGGAGAUAUUCAACUGGAGAAAACUUUCAUGGCACCAAUUGAUAAAGCUUGUAACUAAGUUGCGGUAUGGGCCUUCUCCUUAAGAUAUUAAGCCAACAAUGGUGGUAUCAUCAGCAAAUUUUAAGAUUGGAAUGGUGUCGCUUGGGCUUGGAAUAUCAUUGUUAUAUAUUUAUACAGUACAGGGGAGAGAACGCAUCCUUGUGGUGCCCGGUGCUUAUUUCUCUACUUAGAGAUACUUGGUUAUUUACUUUGACACAAUGUGGUCGAUUUGUUAAAAUGUUCAGUAUCCAAGCCUGAAUAUUUAAAUUGACACCUAACGAGGAAAGUUUCUUUAACAUAAGGUGUGGUUGGAUAGUGUUAAAUGCUGAUGAGAAGUCUAAGAAAAGAACUGUGGUAUAUGUUUUAGGACUGUCUUGGUGAUGGUAAAGUCUCUCCAACAAGAGUAAGAUUGCAUCCUUUGUACUUCUGGCAGGUUUGUAAGCAAAUAGUUGGGGGUCACGUUUUUGCUGUACUUCAUUCAAAAUUUAUCUCAGAAUAAUUUUCUCAAAACAUUUCAUUACAUCAGAGGUAAGUGUAACAGGCCGUAGGUCGUUGUUGCACGUUACCUUAUUUUUCUUUGCAGACAUCGUAAGGUAGUACCUAUGUCUUGGCAGACAUUUUAAGGUAGUACUUAUACCUACCGUUAUAAUGUGUAGAGAAUUAAUUUAAGCUCUUAUUUUACUCAUUGACUCGUGACAAACAGUACAUAGCAAAGUACGAUACCAUUAAUUAAAUCAAGUAAUAAAUUACGAUACCGAAACAAGGGCUAAUCACAAAUAUUACUUUAUAAAGUUAACUUUACGAUAAAAAAUCAAAUAAUAUAAUAUAAAACUAAGGCUAUUCACGUACAGCAUAGAAAUGAACUGGUACCUGUACGAUGUUGGGAAGGUGUACACAUAUGAUAAUUAGAUGAUAAAAUAUACUGUCAGUAGUGUAUGUCAGUCCAUUAGUCUCGCUCAAGAGUCGUAUCGUAUUCGCAGUAGCGUAGCUUGGGCUGGUGUCACCCGACGCGGUAAACUCAUAGUGUCACCCCUUCCCCACCCCCAAGACUUUCACAGCAGAUUUAUUCUUGCAAAAAUAAGUCCACAGUAUAACAAUGCUAAGAGCAAAAACAAAUAAAUUAAAAGAAAAUGUAUUUAGGGACUGUAGCAACGUUAAGUUAGAGUUAUUUUUACAAACAUGUACUUGACAAUAUUCAUUUUCUGGACUUCAAAGCUGCAGCCCGACAAUCAAUAUCCUUAAAAUCAAUAUCCUUCCUCAUAUCAAUUUCAAUUGAUUAGUAGAGCUAGGUCAGAAAGCCUUGAAUGUCUAAUGGUUGAUCGUAAAAUUAAAUAGUACUUGAUGAGCAUUAGUUUCGAAAGGCUCUGCUCACAUUAAGCCAGAGACACACACAUCGUAAGAAAAAGUUAAAGGCUUGGCGUCAAUUUUGAAAGAGAUUUUAGAAAGUCUCUUUCAGCUAUGACUUUCAAAAUAUCAAAUACUGACCAGUCCAUGACUUUUUGAAUUUUAUUAUCAGCUGCCUUUAUAUGUCUUUUAAGACUUGGUAUUUAUUUUUAAAAGUCCAUCAUAGAAAGAGAUUAAUUUAGGAAUGGACACCAUUAACUCUUCUUCACAUGCUGAUAGCAGAUUCUCAGACUGAACAGCCCCAAACAUAUCUGCAACUUUCAUUAUCGCUGAUGAUCAGAUCUGGGAUAUAGAAUGAAAGCGAUUAAGACACUCUAGCAUCCCCCUACUGUUUUCUACGCGAAGAGAGAGUCCAGCAUCUAUUAACUGUUCUCCCGCCAUUCUCUUCUUAAACCUUAAUCUUCUCGCUACCAAAAUGUCAUAUUGGUCUGACUUUAAAAGUGCAUAAAAAGACCUUGUGCUGUACCUGUUGUACCAUCACAGACAGCAUGUAAAAGACCUUGUGCUGUACCUGUUGUACCAUCACAGACAGCAUGUAAAAGACCUUGUACUGUACCUGUUGUACCAUCACAGACAGCAUGUAAAAGACCUUGUGCUGUACCUGUUGUACCAUUACAGACUGCAUGUAAAAGACCUUGUAAUGUACCUGUUGUACCAUCGCAGACAGCAUAAAAAAGACCGUGUACUGUACCUGUUGUACCAUCACAGACAGCAUAAAAAGACCUUGUACUUUACCUGUAGUACCAUCACAGACAGCAUAAAAAAGACCUUGUACUUUACCUGUGGUACGAUCACAGACAGCAUAAAAAAAGACCUUGUACUUUACCUGUUUCAUCCCAAUUUUCAAGAGGAUCACAUAGCGCUUCAAUCGGCGACACACAUUCAUCAAACACAUCCAUUAAAAAUCGCUUACUUGUUGUUUCUUUUCAGAAUAUCCUAAACACCUACAUUGACUCCAGACAUUGUAGCAGCUUUCUUUUAAACUUGAGCUCUGCACAUCAUUAUAUCUAAUACAUCACAUUUUAGAUUUGUAAGAACUGAGGUCAUCAAUUUUUUUCCCUUCCAAGCGGAGAAAAUCCAAAAAAACACUUCUCUCACUUCAACAUUCCCAUUUUGAAAUUUGACAUGUAUGAUCACUUCAUACAUCUGGUCAUUGUGUGAUAUAUCAGGUGUACAUUCGAACAUAAUUCCAAAAUACCUCGCAGCCUUUAUAUCCAUGAUAAGAAUAACCUUCCCGUGUUUUGCAAGGACAUUUAUAAAUUCAAUUGUGGGUUUCUGGUAAAAGGUAAGAUGUGGAUGCUUUUAAUUCUGUUUGUUCUCUUAUUUGUUCGUUGACGAAGCCGUCCUGUCGACACGUUCGUUGUUUUCUUGCGUUUCUUUCUCAGUGAUUUAUAUGAUUUGUUUUACUCAUUUCUUGAUUUGGUUCUCUUGUAGCACUGGGUCCUGUUUAGAUGGCAUCUCAACCAUUUCAAUAACGUUUCCUUUAUUCAGUGAAGAUUCCUCUUCGCUGGGGCCACGAAAUGCCAGAUUUUUGCUUUGCAAGAAAUAAUGUGAUGUCCAGAGACCUGUGCAGGAUGUCCCUCCACUUUUUCUUCUCCAAGUUCAUCACAGCAAUACUUUCGGAAUCAUUUUUGCGUGUGUAUCGUAGGUCCUGCUUCCAAUGCCUUCCACUUUUCACGGCUAAACAGAUGCUCUUUUAAUAUUUCAGAAUUUUGUAAUUUUGGUCUCAGUUGCCACCACUUAUCAAAGCCAGCAAGUAACAAAUGCGGAUGUUGUUUCUUUAACAUUAACACCAAAUAAUAUGCAGCAAAAAUGUACAAUGUGUGACUGGCGAGUCCAUAAACCAUCCACGACCGCAGUAUUUUCUCGCCGUUUGGCAUCGUCGUGUAGAACAAUUGUUUUGUUAGCUGGCUCACACCUCCUUUAGAUUUCGAAUUUUGCCUUGUCACUAUGCUGAAUAGUCCGUCCUUGUUCUGAAACGAGGUACUUCAUAUUUUAAUAAUUUCAGUCCGAAAAUGAUCUUGAACUGAUACAAGCCAGAGAGAAGCAGUUGAUAAAAUGUGCACGUUUUUUGUCAUUAACCAUUACAUUUACGGAAUCUUGGUUUGAAUCAACAUUAUCAGCAGACAUUUCUGUUUAUAAGACAUCCAUUUCUUUUACUUGUAUGUUCACAGCAAUGUUUUUCAUUUUCUCCACUAUUUGUUGUAUUGAAUGCAUGCUGCUGUUAUCGGGGGGAAUCAGUAUCAUUGGUACGCUGAGGAUCUACCGUUGAUGAACCCUGACUCUGGUCAUCAUUUGGCUUCUUGACAAAUCAAAGCGUAGAUCCUGGUGGUGAUUUUAGUGAGUCACAUCUAUUCUUUUUCGCUUUUCGCUCCUGGCAGCCACUUGGCUGUUUAAAUUUGUGCCCACCGAUUUGCAUUACAUAAUAAUCUUGAACAAUAAAAAUGCUUUAAUAUUGGCGUUUUCAAGAAAACAAACAGAAUAAAUACGUGCUACAGUUAAAAAACAAGUCAGAGCACUCUUUAAAAUACAACGCAAAUGUGGCAGGUAAGACACAACAGUCGAAAUAUGACAUUUGAGCACGUUUGUGAUGAAUCGGAUAAAACAUUAAUUUUUGGGUAUUUCUAGGUUUUGAUGCAUAAAUUAUACAUGUCUUCAUGAAAAAAAAAAAAAUUGAAAUAAGAAUUAAUAAUUAAAAGAUUGAAAAUUGUGUAAAAUAAUAUAUUUGUAACCCUACAAAUGGGUAAAAAAUAAUUUUUAAUGUUUUUAAUUUUUACUGUUUCGAUUCUUGUACUUUGAAUCGCCCGACCACUUCGUAUUGGGUAUCAAUGGAAAGCCUUACUCUCAGAAUUUAGAUAAAUAUAGCUUCCUGUCAAUUACGGAAGUUACCCCCAAUCGGCGUUGAAUAAUGACUGUUUUUUUAUGAUAUAAUCAUAGGGUUAACUGAUUUCUGACGCAUCAACAGUGAACGUUUAAUAAAGCAAGCAUUUGGAUUGGUUACAAUUGGGAAAAAGUGUAUGUGUGAUUAAUUAUUCUUUUGUGAAUCUCGGUUAGACCGAGCAGAUCUGUAAAUAAGCAAUUUUUCCAUUGGGUGUCACUGCUAAAAUGGCGUCACUCGGUGCAGUCCGCAUCCCCGGACCCCCCUAGCUACGCCACUGCAAAAUCGUGAUCUCUGUCUCUUUCUCUCUUUGUCUCGCAGUCUCCCCAGUUUCCUCCAACGAUAAACUUAUUUAUAGUCCUUCAUAGAGACUUUCAAGAAAGGGUUACGCCUUGUAUCUGUACCAAGGGUCGUCUCAUAAUUUCAACACAAUUUGACUAUUGUCUGUGUUUACAUGUAGUCAAGGUCAAGAAAGACCUUUAAUAAUUUUGCAAACCUUGGGGUCACCCAGAUUUCGAGCACGAGAUUUACAAGAAACCUGACGGAAACACUAUGCAAACAAGGCAAGUUUUUACCUUAACAUUUCCUUCUGUCAUUUUCUCCACAGCCUGAGAUCAGCUUCUACCAAAACGAGAGAUACGAUGCUAAAAUCACCGACAACCCUUACGCUGUGGAGGUCGGCGAUUGGGUGUACAUAGUUAUCAGUGUCAAGGCCGAGGACCAGUCAUUCUUCAGAGACAGUGAUCUGAAGCUGGUUGUCACACGUUGUACCGCCAACCCCAUCCGAAGCGUGAUUGACGGGAUUAACACCCCCUUGAACGUGACACUGAUUGACAACACGUACGUAGCUGUAGAAUACAUUAAAUAAAUGAUGAAGAUUUUGAGCCGAUUCAUACACACUAAUUGGUAAAGAAAUAAAAUUCUUUACCAUUUCAAUUUAACGUAAAGAGCAAUUAAUAUAAACUUCUCUACACAGUUAACAAUCCAGAAGAGGUUAAUCUGUGUUGCUAUCCAUUAAUGUCUGUUACAGGGGAAAAGUAUCUCCAAAAAGAUUUUUUAACCAGCCAAAAAGUUUCACAAAAAUAAAGAACAUUUCAACUACCAACUUUGUUACGUUAACACUCAUCUGUCCUGUUGAGAAACGAUGCGUGGUCCCUAAACGGAAGUUAAGACUAUCAUUCCUUUGCUACCAAAAGUAACUUUUCUUAAACAUAGUUUUACAUCUUGUUGAUUGAGAAUUGAAAUAAUUUUAAUACUUUAUUAUUUCUCUCACCCCUGAAAAAGAAGUAAAAAAAAAAAACAACAAGAAAAAAAAAACUUCAGAAACCAUUUAUCUUCUUCUUCUUCUUCUAUAUCUUAAGGGCCCACGAUCAAUUUAUUGAUCAUUUUGGCUCCUAUGCAUGUAGAUGGGAUUUGCAAUGUUUCUGUUACUGGUGGUGAUGAGGAAAUUAUGCACUAGGGGUUUGAAGGCUUGAGGCAAUAGACACAAAUGUGUCUAGUGUUGUCGCCUCAACUGUUCCUUUUGAAAGAUGGUUCCAGUCCCUGAUUGUCUUGGGCAGGAAUGAGCAGCUCCUAUACUGGCUUCUUGCUGGUAUGAGCCUGAAUUGCCUGUCAUGGCCUCGUCGCUGUCUAUGGGGGAGAGGGACGAGUUUCUGUUUAAUACUGGAACAGUGGACCAGCCCAUUAUUUAUCUUGUACAUCAUGGAGAGCCUGGAUUGUCGUCGUCGUUUCUCCAAUGGUGACCAGCCUAGUGUUUCUAGCAUGCUGCCAACACUAGAGGUAUUCCUGUAGCGGUUUAGGACAAAGCGUGCUGCUCGUCGCUGGACCGCCUCCAACCUGUCAAUGCUCUUCUGGGUAAAUGGGUCCCAGACUGAAGAUGCAUAAUCUAAAAUCGGACGGAUAAAGGCUUUAUAUGCUCUUUCUUUCACACAGGAGUUGCCAAUCUUUAGAUUUCGCCUUAAGAACCCCAAGGCUUGGUUUGCUUGGUUACAUACAUUGUUAAUAUGCUCGUCCCAGCGGACCUCUCUUUGAAUGGUAACACCCAGGUACUUUACGGAGGAAACUUGCUCAAGAAUAUGGCCGUGCAGUUUGUAUUGGUAGUGUAGAGGAGUACAACUUCUAGAGAUUGAUAGUGUCUGGCACUUGGCAGGGUGAAAUUCCAUGUCCCAGCUCAUCUCCCACUCAGCUAACAGAUUGAGAUCCUGUUGUAGCUGGUCCUGGUCAGAUCUGUUGGCGAUCGUCCUAUACACUGCUGUGUCAUCUGCAAACAGUCUUGCCUGUGAUGUCAGUUUCUCCGGUAGGUCAUUAAUGUAUGCUAGGAACAAACAGGGGCCCAGGACUGAUCCCUGGGGGACCCCUGACUUCACAUUGACAAAGGAGGAGCUUGUACCGCCCACCACUACUGCUUGGCGUCGGUGGCUGAGGAAGCUAGAGAUCCAUGUUUUAGUGGUGCCUUGAAUCCCAUAUAUCUGGAGUUUGUGUAGAAGCAAACUAUGAUUCACCCGGUCAAAUGCUUUUGCGAAGUCCAUUACUAGCACGUCAGUCUGCUUGUGGUUCUCCAGAUUGGUCAUCAAGUCUUCUACAAAUUCGAGAAGCUGGGUCUCACAUGACCUAUUGACUCGGAAGCCAUGUUGACAGUCAUUGAGUAUAUUUUUGCUUUCAAGAUGCUUCAUGACAGAGCUUACGAUUAUGUGCUCCAACAAUUUGCAGACGACGCUAGUGAGGGAUAUCGGACGAUAGUUGGCAGGGUCGGAAUGCUCCCCUUUCUUGUAAAUUGGAGUGACAUGCGCUGUUCUCCAGUCUGCUGGAACAUUUCCUGUGCAUAGUGACGAUUGGAAGAGGAUUGUCAGUGCAGGAGCGAUUUCUUUGGCUAAUUCUUUGAGCACUCGUGGUUUAAUGUGGUCAGGACCACAUGCUUUGUAAGGAUUAAUGGUAUUGAGGAGGGCAAACACACCUUGUUCUGAUAUCUGGAUAUCUCCCAUGAUAGGAUAGGCUCUGUUCAUCAUUUUGGUCUUCAGAAGGAACUCAGUCUCAGAGUACUCUCUACCGUCACCAAAGACCGACUGGAACUGCUGAUUGAGUAUCUCCGCCUGUGCUUUUGGGUCAGAUGUCAAUUGGCCAUCCCACCUCAAGGGGGAAACUCCAGCGUUUGAGGACUUUUGGUGUUUCACAUAGCUCCAGAAGCGCUUGUUCUUGACAUCUUUGGUCGGGGUGUCUUCCUCUGAGAAGAUGCCGUUCAUGUAGUUCCAAUACGAUCUACGCAAUAACCGUUGAAUGGUUCGGCGGAGUCUCAGUACCUCCUCUCUCAGUUCCAUCGAGCCAUUUUUCUUCAUGCGUUUGUAUUGGCGGUCUCUCCUGUGGAUGAGCCUACGGAUUUCAGCCGUGACCCAUGGCUGAUUUAUCCUAGGUUUGGUGAUUUGGUGUGGUAUAAAUUUCUUCACUGCAUCAGUGAUUGUAGUCUUGAACUUCACCCACAGCUCGUCUGUUGUCGCUGUACCUUGAAUCACCUUCAUGUUUGAGCUUAGCUCUGUGGUUGCAAUCCUUAGGCCAUCCCAGUCUGCCUUGGCAUAAAUUGGGAUUUCUCGAAUGAUUUGUUUCAUUUUUAGUGUGUUGACCUGAAAUUCACAAUAAGGAAUGUUGUGGUCCGAAAUCCCGGGGAUGACCUCAACUUUUUGGACACGAUGUGGACAAUUGGUGAGGAGUAGGUCAAGAGUGUUUUCCCCCCUCGUGGGUUCUUUAACCAGCUGUUCCAGACCAUGGUUGUUAAUUAUCUCCAUGAAUUCUGAGUGUAGAACAGGGUAUGGGGACUUGGGCUUCAAGGCAGGAAUCUGCCAAUUCCAACCAGGAAAGUUAAAAUCCCCCCCCCCCCUAUAAGGAGAAAAGCGUUUUUUGACUGUGUUGCUCUGUGAAGCGAUACCUCGAACCUCCUCAGGCUUGGUUUAUCUGCUGUGUUUGGUCAGUAAUAGGCACAAACGUAAAGUGUGCGUCUACCCUUUAGUUUCAAUUUUAUCUGCGUAGCUCUGUGGCUGUGUAUUUGUGUAGCUGUGUGGCGGUGUAGCGGUGUAGCUGCGUAGCUGUAUGGCUGAAAAAUGUAUAGCUUUGUGGCCGUGUGGCCGUGUGGGUGUGUGGCCGUGUGGCUUUGUGGCUGUAUGGCCAUGUGGCUGUGUGACCAUGUGUUUGUGUGGCUGUGUGGCCAUGUGGCUGUUUGGCCAUGUUGCCAUGUGGCCGUGUGGCCGUGUUGCUGUGUGGCCGUGUUGCUAUGUGGCUGUGUGGCUCUGUGGCCGUGUGGAUGUAGCUGUGUAACCAUGUAGGAUCAGUGAUAAAUAAUUCAUUCCGACCAUUCAACUAUCACGUAAUAUUGGUAGAUCACUUCCCUUUAUUAGCACCAGUUCCACAAGAACAAACAUUGUUGCUCCCUUAGACUGAGUUACAAAAUUCACAUUUCUGAUAACUGAACUUAUCUUCAUUUUAAUUUCAAUUAUCACGCUUGGUGUUCUUUGACCUCUUCUAAAAAUAUUCAAUCAUAUUGAUCUGAAAUCAUUGUCAGUACCAGUUUCCAAGCUAGGUAUAUUGUUGUUGUAAGAUGUAUAGUUGUCAGCAUUUUAAUACUAUUGUGAGAAGUAUAGUUAGCACCAUUUCACUAUUGCUGUUUAACCUUUGUUUUUGACCACCGACUUUAGGUGUCCAUCUGACCUGGCCAGUGUCACCACCUACCCCAUCAGCGACACCACUGAAGGUUUUCGAUUCAGAGCUUUCAAAUUCUUCGGUUACUCCUCUGUCUACGUCACAUGUCACCUGCGUGUCUGUUUAUCUACGGACAUCAAGCCCCACUGUUAUAGGUGAGAGUUGUCAGAUAUAGGUUAAUAAUUAUAUAAACAUAUGGUUUCAAAGAGAAAAACAUGGACAGCAAAAGAAGUUGUUUUUUUAAAAAUUAAAUGACACACAAUAAUGUUUUAAACACUUUUUCUCCAUAAAUCUCAGGCUUCUCAUUUCAAGUUUUAUUUAAAAUUUGUGACAUUAAACAAUUAAAACUUAUCUUUAUGAGUUAAAUUCGUAAUAUCAUUAAAAAGUACGUUGCGGACAGACUGAUAACUCCCUCGUUAUAAUUGAUAUACAUUUCAUGAUUUUAAUUGUUCUGUUGAACUGUACCUUAUUAAUAUCUGCUACUGAACUUUUUGUUAAAUAUGUUUAUAUUUCUGGUUUUGGAAGCCUAAAGAGGUAACCAUUCUUUUUUAAAAAAAGAAGGGGGGAGGGGGGAGGGGAGUGGUGGCGUUAAAAAAAUAAUAAUAAAAAAAUAAUAAUAAAAUAAAAAUAAACACAAUUCUACUAUACAAAACAUGUUUCUUUGCAUGAAUCAGCUAAGUAGCCAGCUAAUUAAUCAGCUAAGUAACCAUUUAAGUAAAUGCCGUUGGACUGAAUAGGAAACAAAACAAGAAAAGUAAACAGGAUAAAAAUAUUUAUAAAUUUAAAUACAAAUAUCAGUUACAACAAAACCCUAAAGAAAAAUCGACUAUUUUUGUUUUCUCGACUUUUUCUAAUCGAGCGUUAUUUAAAUGAUGUUGUCCUUAUGAUUUCUUUCCGGAAAGAAUUUGUAACAAUAAAAUAUUUACAGUUUUUUUUUCACUGAAAAUAAUUUAUAAGAUCAGUUGGAUAUUUUCAAUAUUUUCAUUUCAAUACAAAUGCCACGUCACCAUCUUAAAUCCUGGUAUUUCAAAUUCCUGUUAAUGACUGUUAAUGACAGUUUUAUAUAUUAUUCCGUGUGCCAAAUUCAUUACGAUCAAAUUAUUAAAAUACAAAAUAACCAAACUUUAAUUACUCUCACCUUAGCUCCUCAGUAAGCAGCUGUAUGCCUAUUGAAAAGGACGUCAGCAUUAAGUUCAUCCCCAAGACCCGGGAGAACGCCCAAAGCAUGAGUCAAUACUUUGACUACACGGUAAACUUUCACCCUUGUAAUAUGAAAUCUUUCAUUGUUCUUCUAGCCAUUCGUAGGAACAUUGAGUUUAGUCUGCCAUUAUUUAUUUAUUUAUUUAGGCAUUUUUAUAUAGCGCUUACCAUAAAGCUCUAAGCACUUUACAAUUAUUAAAAACAUGUAAACUAAGUAAAAUAAAAAUGAGACACUAGGAUAGUAACUACUAUACUAUACCAUUACCAUACGUAGGAACAUUGGGUUUAGUCUGCCAUUACCAUACAUAGGAACAUUGAGUUUAGUCUGACAUUACCAUACGUAGGAACAUUGAGUUUAGUCUGCCAUUACCAUACGUAGGAACAUUGAGUUUAGUCUAAAAUAAGACAUUUUAUUUUAAACAGAUUUACAUUUCCUAACAGAUUGAUCGAAUUUAUAACUAUAUGUGGUAACUUGCGUAUCCUAUUAAAAUGUAAUAAAUUGCAUAUGUCUUCGGUUAACAUCCCCAAAGCAUACGUGUUGAUUCUUUGCGAUGGACCUUGUAACGAAACGAUCAUGUCAUUAUGAUGAUGACACCGAUGUUACUUAUAAAUAUAGUUGUGGUAUUAAUUAUCUACAUUCACAAAGCACGAGGGAAGCUCAUGUAUAUAGCAUCAUAACAAUAGUAUUUGAAAAUAAAUUACAAUACAUAAAAUACAUAUCCGAAAUUGUAGGACAUAUAACUGAUAUUGUCUAUUUACUUCACAUAUUACUUUCACACACAUCUAUUGAAUAAGUAACCCGAUAUCUUUAAUGAACAUAUGCUUCCAUUUUAUUUGUGUCCUUUUACUCUUCUUAUCACUUCUACGCAUGACCUAUAAUAAUUAAUUUACGGUUACUUCUAAUUUAUAUAAAAAAAAUACAUUGCCCUAAAUAAAAUUAUUAUCUCACUAUUUGAUGAGUGGCAGACUUAUUAUCUCACUAUUUGAUGUGUGACAGACUUAUUAUCUCACUAUUUGAUGUGUGACAGACUUAUUAUCUCACUAUUUGAUGAGUGACAGACCUCUUCAAAGUAAUCGAUGUGGACUGUAAAUAAAUUACCGUAUUAUUAAUUUUUCUUUUCAGAUUUGAAAAAAAUGCCUGUAAUGACAGCAAAUUCCUUAAUUAGAUAAUUUAUACUCUAAGAUUUGUUGUCUCCUUAAUUGUUAUGUCCUAGAUAGAUGGCCAAUCUCAAUAUUUUUGGACAGCCAUCUUAAGGUAGUACAAUGUCUUGGCAGACUUCUUAAGGUAAUGCUAUGUGUUUGCAGACAUCUUAAGGUAGUUUUAUGCUUUUUCAGACAUCUUAAGGUAGUACUUAGUCUUUGGAGACUUCCUAAGUUAGUACUAUGUCUUUCAAGACAUCUUAAGGUAGUACUAUGUUUUUGCAGACAUCUUGAGGUAGUACUAUGUCUUUCGAGACAUUUUAAGGUAGUAAUAUACCUAUUCAGACUUCUAAAAGUAGUACUAUUUAUCUGCAGACAUCUUAAGGUAGUAUAUAUGUCUUGGCAGACAUCGUAAGGUAGCACGUGUGUCUUGGCAUAUAGUUUAAGAUAGCACUUUUACGUACCAUUAUAAUGUGUAGAGAAAUUAAUCUUUAUCUUACUCGUUAGCCCGUUACUAACAGUACGUAACAAAGGACGAUACCAUUAACUAAAUAGAGCAAUAAAGGACGAUAUCGUUAACUAAAUAGAGCCACAAAGGACGAUACCAUUAACUAAAUAGAGCCAUAAAGGACGAUACCAUUAACUAAAUAGAGCCACAAAUGACGAUACCAUUAACUAAAUAGAGCAAUAAAGGACGAUACCAUUAACUACAUAGAGCCACAAAGGACGAUACCAUUAACUAAAUAGAGCCAAAAAGGACGAUACCAUUAACUAAAUAGAGCCACAAAGGAAGAUACCAUUAACUAAAUAGAGCCAUAAAGGACGAUACCAUUAACUAAAAAGAGCAAUAAAGGACGAUACCAUUAACUAAAUAGAGCCACAAAGGACGAUACCAUUAACAAAAUAGAGCAAUAAAGGACGAUACCAUUAAUUAAAUAGAGCCAUAAAGGACGAUACUAUUAACUAAAUAGAGCCACAAAGGACGAUACCAUUAACUAAAUAGAGCCAUAAAGGACGAUACCAUUAACUAAAUAGAGGCACAAAGGACGAUACCAUUAACUAAAUAGAGCAAUAAAGGACGAUACCAUUAACUAAAUAGAGCAAUAAAGGACGAUACCAUUAACUAAAUAGAGCAAUAAAGGACGAUACAAUUAACUAAAUAGAGCCACAAAGGACGAAACCAUUAAUUAAAUAGAGCCACAAAGGACGAUACCAUUAACUAAAUAGAGCAAUAAAGGACGAUACCAUUAACUAAAUAGAGCCAAAAAGGACGAUACCAUUAACUAAAUAGAGCCACAAAGGACGAUACCAUUAACUAAAUAGAGCAAUAAAGGACGAUACCAUUAACUAAAUAGAGCAAUAAAGGACGAUACCAUUAACUAAAUAGAGCAAUAAAGGACGAUACCAUUAACUAAAAAGAGCAAUAAAGGACGAUACCAUUAACUAAAUAGAUCCAUAAAGGACGAUACCAUUAACUAAAUAGAGCCACAAAGGACGAUACCAUUAACUAAAUAGAGCAAUAAAGGACGAUACCAUUAACUAAAUAGAGCAAUAAAGAACGAUACCAUUAAUUAAAUAGAGCCAUAAAGAACGAUACCCAAACUAUUCCUAAUUACAUAUAACAAGUUAGUAAGUUAACUUUACAAUACAAAAUAAAAUAAAACUAAGGCUAUCCACUUACAGUACAGCGAUGAAAUGGUAGCGGUACAAUAUUGGGAAGGUGCACAAACAAAAGAUAAGUGGAUUGGAAAAAAUCUACGAUCAGUACAGUAUGUCAGCUCAUUGGUCUCCUUCUCGAGUCGUACAGUAAUCUUAAUAUCUCUCUCUCUCUCUAUAUCUCUCUCUCUCUCUCUCUCUCUCUAUCUCUCUUUGUCUCGCAGUCUCCCCCUUUUCCCUACUUAUUCCUAGUCUUUCAUAGAGACUUUUCCAGAAAGGGAUAUACCUUGUAUCUGUACCUAAGGCCGUUGUAACACAUAGGUUCUGACAUCAUUGUAACUUAGUGGGUUAUGUCAGUAGUAUGGUUACUUAUGUUAAUACUUCAGGAUGCCGACUAAGACUUCCUCAUUCUUCCACUUAUUAUCCAGGCACGCAAAGAAGAAUACUCAAUUCUGUUUAAAACCUACAGUACUUUAUUGAACACACUUUAUACUGAUAAUAUUAAUAAUACUCCUUGCAUGAAUGUAAUUUCACAUAUAUAUAUAUAGUAUUCCAUCAUUCAGAAAGACACGUCCUCACACUACUACAACUCAGCUCAACUGUUUUAAUCACUCAGCUCUCCUAGCUCUCUCUACUGCUCUGCGCGCACUAUCUCAGUCAACUCAUACUUUAUUACCAGCAAAGCGUGGAAAACUACCGCUUUGUCAAAAACAUAAUUUUACUCUCCAAAAACGUGGAGCUCACAUUUUCAUCUCAAAUACACAAUCCACUCUCUCUCGUGGAAAACACGGUCAACACAACUCACUGUUCACUCAUGCUACCUCUCUGUUUUCAUUGUGAAAACAUAGUCUGUUACAUGCCCCACCCAUCUGAAAAAAUUUUUGCAACAAAAUUUUUGGCAAAAAACACAUGUUGAAAUAAUGAUGAUGUCUCUUAGAAAAUUUCAAUACCACAUCUAUCAAUCAAAUAAGUGUAUAAACAUUAACAUUUCAUCAUUAUGAAAUACAGUCAAAGGGACUGUUAAUAACACUCAUAAUAGUGAAUAAUUUAUUUUGGCAAAAAAAUACAAAAUCAUUAAUGACAAACUCUUAAAAUUCUUACUGUAUGAUAAUGUGCAGUGACAUUGACAUCUUAAUGAUUCAUAAACACUGGGAAAUGAAUGUAACAACCUUAAAUCUUGCAUUAGAAAAUUUUACAAUUGGUUAAAAUCUAUUAUUCAUUUACAAAAUUGAUAUAUACAAGGGUAUUUUCAAAAACUGAUUGAAUGUAUGUGUGUACCUUCAUUUAGAAUGUUUGACUAAUGUGUCUUAAUUCAGUGUCUUUGUCACUUUCCGUAUGGUCAAUAUGUCUUGAAAGGAAAUCAGCUACUGUGUUGUCUUUUCCUUUUAUUGUCCUUAUCUCAUACUGGUAAUCAAAUAGUAUCAACGACCACCUGUUUAUUUUGCUGUUUGCUAUUUUCUUUCUAUUUAGUUCCAUCAAUGGCUUGUGAUCAGUUAAUAAGAUUCAUUUUCUACCUAAUUGAUAUUUCUGUAAUUUUGUAAGUGCCUACACAAUUGCUAAGCAUUCCUUCUCAAUGGUUGAGUAGUUAAUUUCAGUUCUGCUUAGUGAUCUACUUAAAUAAAGUGAUUGGUCUUAGUUUAUGAUUGACUUCUUGCAUAAGGCAAGCUCCUAAUCCAAUGUUGGAAGCGUCUGUCACUAAAGUGAGAGACUGAUUAAAGUUGGGUGAUAACAAUAUGUUGUAACUUUGGAUAAUUUCUUUGAUUGUUUUUAAUGCAUUCUCACAUUCAUCCGUCCAUACUGUUUGUUUCUUGCUAUCUUUUUUUAUUAGUUUUCUUAAAGGUAAAGUAAUAUCAGAGAAUUUUGGAACAAAAGUGCUGUAAAAAUUGCACAAACCUAAAAUGGCUUUGACUUCUUUUUGAGUGUGUUGUGUUUUUAUGUUUAAUAUUUUUCCUCUGUUGUGUUCUGUGGGCUGAAUUGUGCUCUUACUGACUUUAAAUCCUAAAAAUUAUAUUUCCUCUUGUGCAAAUUUUAAUUUGUUUGGUGCAAUGGUGACUCCAUGUGAUCUUAAUUUGUCUAGUACUACUUUUUUGUGUCUAUAUGUGUUUUCAUAUCUUUGGUGUGGAUGCAGAUAUCAUCAACAAAAUGUACAACAUUUGGUAUGCCUGCUAGCAUGAUUCGCAUGAAUCGAGAAAAUGUUGCGGUAGAAUUGACCAAACCAAAUGGCAUUACUGUCCAUUCGAAUAAGCCUUCCUCUGUGGCAAAUGCAGUAUAAGGCAUGGAAUCUGGAUGCAUGCCUAUUUGCCAGAAUCCUCUGUUUAAAUCUAGGUUUGUGAAUAAUGUGGAGGAGCCUAUUUCCUCAAGUAGUUCUCUGAUGUCCCUCAUGGGUUCUGCAUCUAACUGUGUAAUUUUAUUUAACUCCCUAUAAUCACAGCAUAUACGGCACUGGCCAUUUUUCUUUUUUACUACUACCAUGGGUGAUGCUAUUGGUGAAUCUGAUCUUUAAUCUUGUUAGUCUGUAUUAAAUGAUUAGUUCUUUCUUUACUUCUUCCCUAAAUGCAUAUGGGAUUGGAUAGAUUUUGUGUUUGAAUGUGGGUUCCUGUGUUAAUAUAAUUUUGUGAUCUAAACUACUAGUGUGUCCUAUGUUCUCUGUGAUGACAUCUUUGUAUUCUUUUAGAAUUGUUGUUAAGUGUCUGUUUGUUGUGGUGUUAUUUUCAUUGUCUUCUAAAUGUAUAACACUAGCAAUGGUGGCUGUGCUAAUUAUUUCAUUAGUGAUGGUUUGUAAAUCUUCUGGACAAGAGUCAUAUUUUCUGAGCAAGUCCACAUGCAGGACUUUCAGUUCACCCUUCAUGUGGAUUACAUAAUCAACUAAAUUUAACUUAUCAUGUACUGUAAAAGGACCCUGCCAGAUCUUUUGUCCAUUACUGUUUUGCAACCAGACUAAAACUUUAUCAUUUACUUUAAGAUCUCUGAGGUAUCUAUUUGUAUUCUUUAUGUGUCAUUGUUUUUUAGAUUCCCUAUCAGUGUUUUCUUUAGCAUUUUCUAUGCCAUAUGUUAUCCUCUCUCUAAUUUUUGUAAUUAUGUCAAAUGUGUCCUGUUGUGUGCCUUUCUGACCUAAGAUAUUUUCUUUAAAAGUGUUAAUGGUCCCUUUGGAUUGGCCCCAAACAUUAGCUCAAAUGGAGAGUACCCAGUGGUGUUUGUAUACUCUCUCUAUAGGCGAAUAGAACCAUGGGUAUAUAUAGGUGCCAUUCUCUAGGGUGGUCUAUUGUUUUAUUUAACAUUAUUUUUAGUGUCUUGUUCCAUCUUUCUACCAUACCAUUGGCUUGUGGUCUGUAUAUUGUGGAAUGCACUUGUAUUAUACCUAGCAAUUUUGUGACAGCAUUGGUUAAGUUGGAAGUAAACUGUGACCUUAUCUGAUAGUAUUUUAUCAGGGAACCCAUGUCUUGUAAAUACAUCUAACAAUGCAUGCAUAUUGUUUCUGAAUUAAUGUUUUUAAGGGGAAUAGCCUCUGGCCAUCUAGAUGCCAUAUCAUUCAUGGUUAAAAUAAAUUUAUGUCCCUUAUUUGAAGGUGAAUUAAGAGGACCAAUGAUGUCUAUAGCGACCUUCUCAAAGUUUCUGCCUAUUUUGUCUGUGGGUUGUAUGGGUGCUUUGUGUUUACUGUGUAUUGGGUUUUUUGUCAGACAAGGUUUGCAUUUGUUUAUGUUUUUCUUUAUAUCUUUAUGAAUGCCUGGCCAAUAAAAAUUCUGGGUUAUCCUUUCUAAAGUUCUCUUUAAACCCAUGUGUCCAGCUAAAGGGCUGUCAUGUGCAUGGUUAAGUAUUUUGUCUCUGAGUAUUAGUGGUACAAUUAUUUGAGAUCUUUUGACUUCACCUUUUUCAAAAUUUCUAAUUAGAAUAUUGUGUUUUAUUGUGUAAUUAUGUCCUCUAUAAAUUGAGUUAUUGUCCUUAAUUUUGUUUCUAAUCUCCUGAAUUUGACUAUCUUCUGUCUGCAUUCUAAUUAUGUCUUCUCUUGAUAUUUGUUUUGGAAUGUCUAAUUUUUGUUCUACUUCAGGCUGUGUUUGACUGGUUUUAUGUUGUUGUCAUGUUAUUGCAUUUAUGUACUCUUUGGUUAAAUUUUUGGAUUCAAUCCACUUUAAAAAUAGUUCUUGGGAAUUAUCUUGAAUUUCUUUGAUAUUUCCAAUUAUUAACUGACAGACUGGGUUUUCCAUGAGUACUGCUGUUACUUUUCCUGUUAUCCAUUGACAGUCUAUUUCCACUAUUGCUUUACAACAUUCAACUUUUGUAUUAUUUGUUAACAUGACUGUGGUUUUUUCAUAUAUGUGAUCUUUAGGAUCAAUCAAUUUUUUUGUCAACUACUAUUGUUGUACAACCUGUGUCUCUUAGACACUGAACAAGUUGGUUGUUUAUAUAUGAAGAAAAAAAAUGUAAACUCCCUUCACUGUGGCAUGCACUAGCUAAAGUUUCAUGUGGUUUGAUGUUGAGUUGUCUACUGUUAGCCUGAUUGGAAUUAUAUCUUUGGUUUUUAUAUGGUUGUCUACUCCUAUUUUUACUGUUGUAUUUAAUUGGACUGCUGUUGGGUGAUGUUCUCUGAUAGUAUUGGUGUGAAUGUCCUAAAUCUCUAUGUAAUUUCCUACACUAAUAUUUCUUGUGACCUGGAAUGCUACAGUAGAAACAUUUGUUGUUGUUUGAGUAAUUAGCAUAUGUCUGGUAAUUAUUUGGAUAAUUUUUCUGAAAUUUAUUAUUUUGCCAUCUGGCAGGUAGGCUUUGGUAUCUUCUGUUUUGAUAUGUGUUUUGUUUUUGUGUGUCCCUAUCACUGGGUAUGUUUCUAAUGGAGGCUAAUGUACUAUUUCUAUUAUCUAGCUCUUCAUUGGGGUGAGCAUCUUUAAAUGUUGUGAUUGAGUCAACUAACUCACGCUCAUUUUUAAUUUUUCUCUCUUUAAGGAAUGAAAAUAAAGAAAUUGAUGCAUUUCUUAAUAUUUUGUCUAUAAUAAACAUAUCUAGUAAUGCUUUGGGAUCAUUUAGGUCAAUUUCAGUGAGUUCAAGCCAUUUGACAAGAUUAUCCCUAAUAUUGAAUAUAGUGGUGUUUGGGUCUAUUUCUCUCUCUAGUCUUAUGUUGUGAAAAUUUGUUUCUAUAAAUGUCUUCUGUGUUUCCAUAAAACUUUAACAAAACUUUCUUUAUAUAGGUAUAAUUAUUCUUUUGCUCUUUACUAAGUGAAUUAAUGAUACUUAGGCUUUUUCCUGAUAAUCUGCUCAAUAAAAUAUUUGCCCAAGUUUCUUCCCUAAAAUUGUAAGAUUGACAGAUGCCCUCAAAUUGUGACAAAUAACUAAUAAUUUCCUCUUUAUGUUCAUUAAAUUCCCUAAAUUUAGGUUUGUAUGUGCUAUUGUUUUCUCUAUUGCUUGUUGAUGGUGUAUGCUGUCCUGAUUCUAUUCUAGCUCUUUCUAGUUUUAUUUCUUCCUCUCUUAAUUUCAUAUCCUGUUCUUUUAAUUUCAUUUCUUCUAUUUCUUUUUGUCCUUUUAAUUUUAGUUCUUCUAUUUGUUUAAGGUCGCUUCUCUCUAACAGUCUAGCGUCUCUGUCUUUGUCUUGUCUUUCCUUAAUUUUGUCCAUCUCCCUAGUUACGAAGUCAGCUAAAUUCUCCUGCUUUAUGCCAAGCUUUUCAGCUACCUAUAAUAGUUCUGUUAAGUUUUAAUUGUUUUUAUUUCCAACAACUAUCAUAAACAUAUAUAUACAUAAAUACACGUUCUCAAUCAGGUGCUGACUUUAUUCUUGCGUCCAGAACACGGUUCAUAAACACACACACUUUCUGUCCAGUAUCUCUGCGCAUGCGCGCUCUUUCCUUGGCUGGCUAUCGGUACGGGCCAGUCCACUAGUCCACCAUAACACCUCCCCGAACAAUUACAAGUCCAGUACCAAUGGUGCUCGACGUUGUCUUUGAGAUCUUCUGGGUAAGACAUAGUCUGAAGGUCCUGGAUGUCGAGGGUUAAUCUUCUUCUUAUGUGGACUUGGAGUUGCUGGAUGUGUAGACGGUUGAUGACUCAGGGCUGCCUGAGCUGUUGGAUAAAGACUUCCUGUCAUUAUAUCAAAACCUGGUUCUGAAAUUCUUCUGCUCCGUACCUGGGGCGAAGUAUGUCUAAAUGUCUCUUCCUUGAAUCUUUACCUUGAAGAGACGUGGACCCAUAACUUGCGUGAUUGUACCGGGAGCCCAACGUGGUUUAGAGUCUGUUGCUGUUCCAUACACUCUGACGUAACAUGAAUCUCCACGGUUAAAUGAUCGACUAGGACUUCUGUUUGUCCCAUUGCGAACGGCUAUUUCUUUAAGAUGUUGUCCCUGUGCUCGAUGAGCAGGAGAGGGAACUAGCGUAUCAAUAAGUGUUCUUAUUUGUCGAUUGUUCAGCAGUUGGCUUGGUGAUAAUCCACUUGCCAAUGGUGUCCUACGAUACUGACGCAGAAAGUCUUGUAGAGAUUCCUUUAAAGGUAAUGAGGAUUUCUUCAGUGAACUCUUGAAACUUUGAAUGAGUCGUUCGGCAGCUCCAUUCGUAGCAGGAUGAUAGGGAGCGCCUGCAAGAUGUACAAUACCCCUCUCCUUACACCAAUGCUGAAAUUCUUCUGAGAUGAAGCAAGUAGCAUUGUCACUCACUAUGGUGUGUGGAUAGCCGAAAUGAGCAAAAUCUUCCUCCAGAAGAUCAAUGGUAGUUUUGGUCGAUGUAGAUGUUGUCCUGUUGAUACAUGGGUACUUUGAAUAAGCAUCUAUCACCACCAGCCAAUGUGAUCCCUUAAAGUUAAUGGCAUGAUCGAUAUGCACUCGACUCCAUGGUUUUUCUGGCAGCAUCCAUGGGUGGAUGCUUGCUUUGUUUGGGUCUCUGGCGUGUUCUGCACAUGCUUGGCAUGUUCGACCAAUCUCCUUGAUUUGAGUAUCAAGUCCAGGCCAAUAUACAGAUAAUCUUGCUAACUGUUUCAUCCGCUCGAUUCCAAAAUGUCCUGUAUGCAGGAUUUGGAGAACUUGAGCUUGUAAGAUUUUUGGUACCACAAUUCUUGAACCAUAAAAUAGACAAUUCGACUCCACGGAGAGUGAUUCUUUAAUAUUUUUAAAAGCUGCUAUAUUAGCUGCAUCCUUGUUCAAGUGUUCUUUGUUUACAGAGGAAGCCCAUCCCUCUUGACAAUAUCUCAUUACUGUAGACACAGUAGAAUCUUUAAGUGACUCUUUAGCAAGGACUCCUGGGUCUGUUGGUCUGAUCUGUAAACUGAUUUGUUUGAUCAUACAUACAGCAUCCAUGUCUGCUUCACUUUCUUCAACAUCAAAAUUGUCAUCAGGCCCUGAGGGUAGACGACUAAGAGCAUCCGCAUUGCAAUCUCCAGUUGACUUACGGAUUUUUUCACGAGCUUUAAUCAAUGAGUUUUGAUUAGCAAUGUGAUUUGUCCUUGUUUGAAACAGUGCGUCUAUUGAAAUCCUGAGGUUCUUUAUUGCAGUUCUGCCCAACAAGUUUAAGCUGUGGUUUUUCACUACUACAAAUGACAAAUUUGUAGUUAUUUCCCCUGCUUCAGCCUUUAUCUGCACACUUCCCAAAACAUUAAGUAGGUCAAAUUGAUCCCUCAUUAUUCUAUAUAUUUCUUCUAUGUUCAAGUCAUUUAAAUUUUGUGGUGGUUCUUUUUGUUGUACGAUGGUUGAUAACAUUUUAUGCAGCUCCGGCGUCUGGCUUGUUAAAAAAAAUUGUGCCUGCAUUUCCUUUGGCACAUUAUUUGCCAACACGAAGGUCACAUAUCUAGCGUAGUAGUCUGUGAACGUUUCCUCGUUACUAUUGAAAUGUGUAAACUUCAUAUUCGUAGCCGUAUUACCUGUGGCUAGUUUCAAAAGUAGCUCGUUCUGUUGUAUGAGCUUCUGGAUAAUGUCAGCUUGGGUCAGAGUUGACUCCAUUGUGUAUUUACUUCCUCCGUUCCGUGAACUCACUCGUGCGUAUCAAUUAUGACUCGGUUGUACUGAGUUGUACUGUGUUUUGUAUUGAGUUAACACUGACCAUCAUACUGUGACGUUGAUGCUGAUCGAUACCACUGUGAUGUUUAUACUGGCCAUCAUUUUGUUAUGUUUUAAUUGUUUUUAUUUCCAACAACUAUCAUAAACAUAUAUAUACAUAAAUACACGUUCUCAAUCAGGUGCUGACUUUAUUCUUGCGUCCGGAACACGGUUCAUAAACACACACACUCUCUGUCCAGUAUCUCUGCGCAUGCGCGCUCUUUCCUUGGCUGGCUAUCGGUACGGGCCAGUCCACUAGUCCACCAUAACAAGUUCUAAGUACUCUGCCAUUUUGAAUUAAUUGUUUGAGUAACUAAAAUAAUAUAUUGGUAUGUAUAAGUAUGUCAGUUAUUUCUUAUUGAGUUAUCAAUUACAAUAGUUCACAAUAUUACAUUAUAUUUACAUGUUCAUGAAUGAAUACAAAAUGCAAGUUAAUAAUUAAUUAAAUGUAAGAAAAAUUUAAAAAAUAAUUAAAUUGUCUACUUCACAACAUAAAUACAGAUAUGUAGACGUUUACAUGGAUACGAAUGAGACAACAAAUACAAAAGUACUGUUAUAGUUUAUGGACCACAAGAUAGUAGAAAAUAUGACAGCAGGUUUGACAAUAUGUAUAACAAUGACAAGACAAAUAGAACAAAUCUGACAAGAUCUACUAAAAAACAACAGUUAUGACAAUGUACAAAAUAGACUUCACAACUAACAUAAAAUUAUCCUACAGUGUUAUAAAUAGGGCCAGAAGAAACCUUUAAGAUAACACCGUGGAUAUCCCUAAAGUAUACUUUAAAAUUAAACUUAUAAUAUACAGAAAAAGUAAAAAAAUUACUUAAUCUAAUUAAGUAUGAUAUAAGAAGAUUUUUAAAGUCUUAAAUUAUAUACAAUACAUAACACAUAAUAUAAAUAAAUACCAAGUGCCCAAAAGAAAUCUGUAGUUGGUCAACUCUGCUCCUCUGUGACGCUAUGAUCUGUGUAGUCGAUAAUCCUUCUAUGUAGAAGUGUACUUGGGUAAAAUAAUCCAAUGAGAAAAGUUACAACACAAAUUGCUGCAAUAACCUUGCUUAAUAGUGUAAUAAUCCAAUUUAAAAAUAGUGUACUUUCUCUCCGAUUCUGUUAAACUUGUGAGUAAUUAAAGAAUUACUUGACUUGAAUUACGCACUAGGCUAUGUGCGGCUUAUAUAAAGUAAAGAUUAUGCUGGGGAAAUCUUACUUUCGAUGUCUUGAUAAAACAUCUCAUCUGUAAUGACGUCAGCCUUCUGUUGGUCUUGUGUAGUGGAUCAUCUCUUUCGUUGACUAAUAACUGUAAAAUAGAUUUCUUGCUGUUUCUUCCACGAGAAUAUUCACUCCACUGUUGUUAUAUAAUUGAAGCAGUGUACCAGUUAGCUGUUUGAACUCUGAACUUUUGAAUCCCGUGACCUAAAUUGUCGGCUAGCUCUGUGUGUAGUGGACUCUCCUCAGACUUGAUUGAUACACGGACGUAAUGACGUUCGAUGUAUCCUUCCGCACGAAUGUUAAAAAAUAUCGUUGUUACUCAAGAGUCAAUCUUCUGUAACACAUCGUUGUUCUGACACUUCUGACACCAUUUGUAACACAUAGGUUCUGACAUCAUUGUAACUUAGUGGGUUAUGUCAGUAGUAUGGUUACUUAUGUUAAUACUUCAGGAUGCCGACUAAGACUUCCUCAUUCUUCCACUUAUUAUCCAGGCACGCAAAGAAGAAUACUCAAUUCUGGUUAAAACCUACAGUGCUUUAUUGAACACACUUUAUACUGAUAAUAUUAAUAAUACUCCUUGAAUGAAUGUAAUUUCACAUAUAUAUAUAUAGUAUUCCAUCAUUCAGAAAGACAAGUCCUCACACUACUACAACUCAGCUCAACUGUUUUAAUCACUCAGCUCUCCUAGCUCUCUACUGCUCUGCGCGCACUAUCUCAGUCAACUCAUACUUUAUUACCAGCAAAGCGUGGAAAACUACCGCUUUGUCAAAAACAUAAUUUUACUCUCCAAAAACGUGGAGCUCACAUUUUCAUCUCAAAAACACAAUCCACUCUCUCUCGUGGAAAACACGGUCAACACAACUCACUGUUCACUCAUGCUACCUCUCUGUUUUCAUUGUGAAAACAUAGUCUGUUACAGCCGUCUUGUUCACAUGUAGUCUAGUUCAAGUUUACCAACAAUAAUUUUACCAAACUUGGGGUCACCCAGAGUUCACGCAUGAGAUGUACGAGAAACAUGACGUAGAUACGAUGCAAAGCUUCUACCGUAACUGUUCUAAAGUCAUUUUCUCAACAGCCUGAGAUCAGCUUCUACCGCAACGAGAGAUACGAUGUUAAAAUCACCGACAACCCUUACGCUGUGGAGGUCGGCGAUUGGGUGUACAUUGGUGUCAGUGUCAAGACCGAGAACCAGUCCAUGUUCAGAGACAGUGAUCUGAAGCUGGUUGUCAAUCAUUGUACCGGCAACCCAAUCCGAGAAAUGAUUUACGGGAUUAACCCCGCCGACAUUGUGACACUGAUUGACAACAAGUACGUGGCUGUAGGAUCAUUUCAAUAAAUAUGGAAGCCUUUGAACAGAUUCACACACACAUACACAUACACUAAUGUGUAAAGAAAUGAAAUGCUUCACCAGUUCAAUUCAAAGUAAAUUUUAUUUUUAAUACAUUAGUUAUAACUUGAGAUCAAUUACUAUAAAAUUCUCUAAACCAAUUCAGAAGAGGUUCAUCUGUAUUGCUAUCCGCUGAUAUCGGUUGGAGGGGGAAAAUUCCUCAAAUUUUUAACUAGCAACAAAGUUUCACAAAAGUAACGAAAAAUUUCAAUGGGAGUCGCUUAGUCACUUCAUUGUUUGGUCACGUGAUGUGAGUAAGCCAUCACUAGGCUACUACACACAAAAGAUACUUCAUCAGUGCUUCCCCAAUGUCAUGUUACUUAAAAAUUUUACCUUUCGAAAUAUUCUGGAAUACACGCGUUUUUUAAAUGAAAUCCAUAAAUGUGACAAUAAAUAUACGCCAGUUAUAAUUAAAGGAAGAAAGUUAUUUCAAGAAAAAUUUGUGAGCGAUAUUCGAUGGGAACUAUCAAUACUAUUAUCGGCAGGCUUUUGUUGAGCUCCGUAUGUGCUCAUGACGUCAUUUGCGUUUUUAUUCAAUAUUGAUGCAGGAGUCAUUCCCCUUUGUUUAUUUUAUUGUUAAUUUUCAUUUGACGAAAUGUAGUGUAGUGUAGUUGUAGUGUGUAUCGGGCUACUGUUGUCAAGCACUAGUGUGUUGUAUACAGCCUACCGGAAGUCUUACUUGUUUUUACUCACAUCACGUGACAAAUCAAUCGACUAAGCGACUCCCAUUACGACUGUUUUUUUUUUGUUAACACUCAUUUGCGCUGUUAUGAAAAGCGUGAUCCUAAACGGAAGUUAAGACUAUCAUUUCUUUCGCUUCCAAAUGUAAAUUUUCUUACACAUAAUUUUACGUUUAAGAAUAAAAAAAAUAAUAAAUAGGUAAAUAUUCACUCCCCUCCCCAAAAAAUAGGGGAAAAAAACAAACAAGAAGAACAACAAGAAACAAUAAAACUUUAAAACCACUUAGCUGUGUGGCUGUGUCGCUCUGUCUCUGUGUGAUUGUGUGGCUGUGUCUCUGUGUGGCUGUGUCACUGUGUGGCUGUGUCUCUGUGUUGCUGUGUCUCUGUGUGGCUGUGUGGAUGUGUCUCUGUGUGGCUAUGUCACUAUGUGGCUGUGUCUCUGUGUGGCUGUGUCACUGUGUUACUGUGUGGAUGUGUGGGUGUGUCUCUGUGGGGCUUUGGGGCUGUGUCGCUGUGUUGCUGUGUCGCUGUGAGGCUGUGUCGCUGUAAGGCUCUGUGGCUGUUUGGCUGUGUGGCUGUUUGGCUGUGUGGCUAGUCACUGUGUGUCUGUGUGGCUGUGUGACUGUGUGGCUGUGUCACUGUGUGGCUCUGUCGCUUUGUGAUUGUCAAUGUGUGGCUGUGUCGCUGUGUGACUGUUUCGCUGUGUCACUGUGUGGCUGUCUCGCUGGGUGUCUGUGUGACUGAGUCGCUGUGUGUCUGUGUGGCUGUGUCGCUUAGAGGCUGUGUCGCUGUAUGUCUGUGUGGCUGUGUCGCUGUGUGGCUGUUUCGCUGUGUGGCUGUGACUCUCUGUGGCUGUGUCACUGUGUGCUGUGUCACUGUGUGGCUGUGUCUCUGUGUGGUUGUUUCUCUGUGUGGCUGUGCCUCUGUGUGGCUGUGCCUCUGUGUGGCUGUGCCUCUGUGUGGCUGUGCCUCUGUGUGGCUGUGUCUCUGUGUGACUGAUUGGCUAUGUCUCUGUGUGGCUUUCUCUGUGUGGCUGUCUCUGUGUGGCUGUGUAUGUGUGUCGCUGUGUGGAUGUGUCACUGUAUGUCUGUGUGGCUGUGUCUCUGUUCUGUGUGGCGGUGUCUCUGUGUGGCUUUGUUUCUGUGUGGCUGUGUCUCUGUGUGGAUGUGUCUCUUUUUGGCUGUGUCUCUGUGUGGCUGUAUCUCAGUGUGGCUGUGUCUCUUUGUGGCUGUGUCUAUGUGUGGCUGUCUUGCUAUUUCACUGUGCGGCUGUGUCUCUGUGUGACCGUGGCUCUGUUGUUGUGUCUAUGUGUGGCUGUGUCUCUGUGUUGAUGUGCCUCAGUGUCACUGUGUCCCUUUGUCUCUGUGUGGGUUUGCAUCUGUGUGCCUGUGUCUUUGUGUGGCUGUGUCUCUGUGUGGCAAUGUUACUGUGUGGCUGUGUUGCUGUGUUGCUGUGUCGCUGUGUGGCUGUGUCGCUGUGUGGCUUUGUCACUGUGUGAAUUUUUCUAUGUGUGGCUGUGUCUCUGUGUCACUGUGAGGCUGUGUGGCUGUGUGUAUGUGUGGCUUUUUCUCCAUGUCGCUGUGUGCUGUGUCUCUGUGUGGCUGUGUCUCUGUGUGGCUGUGUCACAGAGUGGCUGUGUCUCUGUCUGGCUGUGUCGCUUAGAGACUGUGUCGCUGUAUCUCUAUGUUGCUGUGUCUCUGUGUGGCUUUAUCUCUGUGUGGCUGUGUCUUUUUGUGGCUAUAUCUCUGUCUGGAUGUGUCUCUGUGGGGCUGUGUCUCUAUGUGGCUCUGUCGCUGUGUGGCUGUGUGGCUGUGUCUCCAUGUCGCUGUAUCUCUUUGUGGCUUUGCCUGUGUGGAUGUGUCUCUGUGUUACUGUGUCUCUGUGUGGCUUUGUCACUGUGUGGGUGUGUGGCAGUGUGGCUGUGUCUCUGUGUUGCUGUGUCUCUGUGUCACUGUUUGGAGGUGUCACUGUAUGUUUGUGUGGCUGAGUCUCUGUGUAGCUUUGUCUCUGUGUCCCUGUGGGGAUGUGUCUGUGUCGCUGUGUGUCUGUGUGGCUGUUCUCCGUGUCGCUGUGUCUCUGUGUGGCUUUACCUCUGUGUGACUGUGUCUCUGUGUGGCUGUGUUUCUGUGUGGCUGUGUCUCUGUGCGGCUGUGUCACUGUGUGGCUAUGUCACUGUGUCGCUGUGUGAAUUUGUCUCUGUGUCACUGUGAGGCUGUGUGGCUGUGUCUCUGUGUGGCUGUGUCUCUGUGUGGCUGUGUCACUGUGUGGCUGUGUCUCUGUGUUGCUGUGUGGAUGUGUCUCUGUGUGGCUCUGUCGCUGUGUGAUUGUCAAUGUGUGGCUGUGUCGCUGUGUGGCUGUUUGGCUGUGUCACUGUGUAGCUGUGUCGCUGGGUGUCUAAGUGACUGAGUAGCUGUGUGUCUGUGUGGCUGUGUCGCUUAGAGGCUGUGUCGCUGUAUGUCUGUGUGGCUAUAUCGCUGUGUGGCUGUUUCGCUGUUUGGCUGUGACUCUUUGUGGCUGUGUCACUGUGUGCUGUGUCACUGUGUGCUGUGUCACUGUGUGGCUGUGUCUCUGUGUGGCUGUUUCUCUGUGUGGCUGUGACACUGCAAGGCUGUGUGGCUGUGCCUCUGUGUAACUGUGCCUCUGUGUGGCUGUGUCUCUGUUUGACUGAGUGGCUAUGUCUCUGUGUGGCUGUCUCUGUGUGGCUGUCUCUGUGUGUCGCUGUGUGGAUGUGUCACUAUAUGUCUGUGUGGCUGUGUCUCUGUUCUGUGUGGCGGUGUCUCUGUGUGGCUUUGUUUGUCUGUGGCUGUUUCUCUGUGUGGAUGUGUCUCUUUUUGGCUGUGUCUCUGUGUGGCUGUGUCUCAGUGUGGCUGUGUCUCUUUGUGGCUGUGUCUAUGUGUGGCUGUCUUGGUAUUUCACUGUGCGGCUGUGUCUUCGUGUGACCGUGUCUCUUUGUGGCAGUGACUAUGUGUGGCUGUGUCUCUGUGGGGCUUUUUGCUGUGUGGCGGUGUCUCUGUAUGGCUGUGUCUCUACGUGGCUCUGUUUCUGUGUGGCUGUGUCGCUGUGUGGCUUUGACUCAUUGUGGCUGUGACUAUACGUUACUGUGUCUCUGUGUGUCUGUGUCACUGUGUGGUUGUGUCUCAGUGUGGCUGUGUAGCUGUGUCUCAGUGUGGCUGUGUCUCAGUGUGGUUGUGUCUCUGUGGGUCUGUGUAUCAGUGUGGAUGUGUCUCUGUGUGGUUGUGUCGCUCUGUGGCUGUGUCGCUGUGUGGCUGUGUCUCUGUGUGAAUUUGUCUAUGUGUGGCUGUGUCUCUGUGUGGCUGUAUUUCUGUGCUGCUUUGUUUCUGUGUGGCUGUGUGGCUGUGUCUAUAAGUUGUGUGUCGCUGUGUUGCUGUGUCUCUGUGCAGCUGUGUGUCUGUGUUGCUCUCUGGCAGUGUCUCUAUGUUGCUGUGUCUCAGUGUGUCUGUGUUGCUGUGUCUCCGUGUGGCUGUGUCUCUGUGUGGCUGUGUCUCUGUGUGGCUGUGUCUCUGUGUGGAUGUGUCUCUGUGUGACUGUGUCUCUGUGUUGCUGUGUGGCUCUGUCGUUGUGUCUAUGUGUGGCUGUGUCUCUGUGUUGAUGUGCCUCAGUGUCCCUUUGUGAAUGUGUCUCUGUGUUGCUGUUUCUCUGUGUGGCUGUGUCUCCGUGUCGCUGUUUCUCUGUGUGGGUUUGCAUCUGUGUGCCUGUGUCUUUGUGUGGCUGUGUCUCUGUGUGGCAAUGUUACUGUGUGGCUGUGUCGCUGUGUGGCUGUGUCGCUGUGUGGCUUUGUCACUGUGUGAAUUUUUCUAUGUGUGGCUGUGUCUCUGUGUCACUGUGAGGCUGGUAGGCUGCGUGUCUGUGUGGCUUUUUCUCCAUGUCGCUGUGUGCUGUGUCUCUGUGUCGCUGUGUCUCUGUGUGGCUGUGUCUCUGUGUGGCUUUGUCUCUGUGUGGCUGUGUCACAGAGUGGAUGUGUCUCUGUCUGGCUGUGUCGCUUAGAGGCUGUGUCGCUGUACCUCUGUGUGGCUGUGUCUCUGUGUGGCUUUGUCUCUGUGUGGCUUUGUCUCUGUGUGGCUUUGUCUCUGUGUGGCUUUGUCUCUGUGUGGCUGUGUCUCUUUGUGGCUAUAUCUCUGUCUGGAUGUGUCUCUGUGGGGCUGUGUCUCUAUGUGGCUCUGUCGCUGUGUGGCUGUGUGGCUGUGUCUCCAUGUCGCUGUGUCUCUUUGUGGCUUUGCCUGUGUGUGGCUGUGUCUCUGUGUUACUGUGUCUCUGUGUGGCUUUGUCACUGUGUGGCUGUGUGGCAGUGUGGCUGUGUCUCUGUGUUGCUGUGUCUCUGUGUCGCUGUUUGGAUGUGUCACUGUAUGUUUGUGUGGCUGUGUCUCUGUGUAGCUUUGUCUCUGUGUCCCUGUGGGGCUGUGUGUCUGUGUCGCUGUGUGUCUGUGUGGCUGUGUCUCCGUGUCGCUGUGUCUCCGUGUGGCUUUACCUCUGUGUGACUGUGUCUCUGUGUGGCUGUGUCUCUGUGCGGCUGUGUCACUGUGUGGCUAUGUCACUGUGUCGCUGUGUGAAUUUGUCUCUGUUUCGCUGUGUGGCUGUGUGGCUUUGUGAAUGUUUCUCUGUGUGGCGUUGUUCAUUUGAAGCUGUGAGGCUGUGUGGUUGUUUAGCUGUGAUCAGUGGAAGGAUAAAUAAUUCGUUCCGUCCAUUCGAAUAUCAUAUAACAUUGGUAGAUCACUUUUCUUUAUUAGCACCAGGUUCACAAGAACAAACAUUGUUGUUCUAGAAAUGCCUAAGUCGAGGCAAUUAAGGAAUACACUGUUUUUUUAAAUAACUGCUUUCUUAGACUUAGUUAGUAAAUCUUAAGUCUGAGAACAUUGGCUGACUUUAACUUAACUUGAAUUUCAAUUAUCACGCUUGGUGUCUUUUGACCUCUUUAAAAAAUGUUCAAUCAUACUGAGCAGAAAUUAUUGUCAACACAAAUCUCGAGGCUCUUCAAUUCUAAUUUUGUGGGUUUAUUUUUAAAGAAGUAUUGUUAGCAGCAUGUCCCCAUUGUUGUUGUGAGCAGUAUUGUUAGCAUCAUGUCCCCAUUGUUGUUGUGAGAAGUAUUGUUUGCACCAUUGCCAUACUGCUGUUUAAAAUGUAUUUGUUUUUGACAACCUACUAUAGGUGUCCAUCUGAUCUGGCCAGUGUCACCACCUACCCCAUCAGCGAUACCACUGAAGGUUUUCGAUUCAGAGCUUUCAAAUUCUUCGGCUACUCCUCUGUCUACGUGACGUGUCACCUGCGUGUCUGUUUAUCGUCAGAUCCCAAGCCCCUGUGUGAUAGGUGAGAGUUUUCAAAUAUAGGUUAAUAAUUUUAUAUAUAAAUAUGGUUUCAAAUAGAAAAACAUGGACAGCGAAAGUAUGUUGUUUUUAAAAUUGAAAGACAACAUACUAUAUUUUAGACGCCUUGUCUCCAUAAAUCUCAGGCUUCUGUUAUCAAGUAUUAUUUAAAAUGUGUAAUACUAAACUAUUAAAACUUAUCUUAGUGACUUAAAUUCGUAAUAAUAUUUAAAAAUCGCAGAAAUUCAUCUAUGAUAACAUCAAUUAUUUUUUUAAACUCUCUAGAUCCUGUUUUAAAGAUAACAUAAUUGGACGCAAGAGGCGUAACUUGGCUGAUGAAGUCACCGGACUGGACACAGUUGUCUCCCAAACUCUACUGAUCACCGACCCCAAGCAGCCCCCAGUAAACGCACUUCCAGCCCAGUCACACGAAGACAGAACCGUUGAAAGGAUUAAUCCACGUUUUCUUAAGCCUUCAUAUCAAGGCUGACCUUGAUAUUUAUAACUAAUCAUUCUGGGAAUUUGCGAGAUCGGAACAUAAUUUGGCGUUUAACAUCUUCUGAUCUUUUCGUUGUAAUGUGACGCUACAGAUUCGUUUAAUAACUUUAUGAUUUAAAUUGUUAUAAAAACUGAAAUAAAAGAUAAUACCAUUUAAA